CCUAUUUCUCUCUUGCCCCCUCCUUCCCUUUCAACUUGCUAAUCUCUCAAGCCUCUCUUCUUCUCCCAAACAAUUUUUCAGCAGUGUGUAGGAGUGGGUGAGUCAGGAACAGAGCAAAAGAGGAAAAAAAAAAGGGGAAGGGACUUUCCCCCCCCCUUCUUCCACUGCCUUAGCUUUUCUCUGUUAUAUUUUUUUUUUUUUUGGAGAAGUCAGCUUUUUUGGAAAGCGGGAAGCGCUUUGGAGAAGUUAACCGGGCAACUUUUGUUAUGAUAGCCCUUGCUAUAGAUGUAGGCAUCAUCAGUUUUGCUUAGAAGCCAGGGCAGAAAGAGCUUGGCAAAGCAUGGAAAGGGGGGGAAAUCAGGUGCAAGUUUUGAAAAGCUGCUGAGACGCAAGAGAGUAGGAAAUCAGCGCUCGGAGUGGCAAGUGAAGCCAAACUUAAGCUUGGAAAUUCGAAGGAAAGAACAUUUUAUUGGCACUCUCUUAUUUUUGUGAUACGGACAAAUGUUUCGAGCUGGGAAAUUAUUCUGAAUUUCCACAAGGAGUUUUUUUUUUAAUAGAAAAGUUUGGAUCCAGUCGUUCUCCUGGGUACUGACUUCACCGAAGAUUUCGUCACUUGUUUUUGGGAUUCGGCUCCAGCGACAACCUUCUCCUUCGUCUCUUUUGAAACUUCUCAGUGAACUUGGGAGAUAUUUGAGAGAGAAACGGCCCCUGCCUCUUCCUGGGCUCCUCUGCCUCUGCCAAUGAGCCCCUAGAGUGUUUUGGGGAGCUGGGAGCUGUUGUGGGGACUUCAGCUUUGGAAAAUGGGUCAACUUGGCCAAUCUUUUUUCUCCUGCCUGCUGGCUUUGUGCAUGAGUAUCGGCAACGCGCAAGAAGGUAAGUGAAUGUUUGUGUGUUUCGGGGUGAAACUAGCUACACAUCUGGGCAUCUGGUCAGGGGUGAGCGACAGAUCUAGGGCACCAAGAGCGAUGUGAUGGGUAAAUUGUUGGGUGUGGACCAGGGAGAGACUGGUCCGAAUGCCCACUGGGCAGCGAUGCUGACGGAGAGCCAAGUGGCCAUAACUCAGCCUCGACUUACACCGCAGGGUUAUUGUCAGGGUGAAAUAAGGCUGGAUCCCUCUAUAGCAGCGGUUCUCAACUUGUGGGUCCUAAGAUGUUGUUGGACUACAACUCCCAUCAUCCAUGAGCUCUGGCCUUGCUAGCUAGGGGUGAUGGGAGUUGUAGUUCAAGAACAUCUGGGGACCCACAAGUUGAGAAAGGCUGCUCUAUAGACACGAUGCUCACGAAAUGUUUCUUGGGCCAAGUGGCUACCUCUCAACUUGACCUGGACUCUCCUUCCUGGGAGGUCCUUAAACAGAGGUUGGAUGGCCAUCUGUCACGGAUGCUUCAGUUGAGAUUCCUGCAUUGCAGGGGGUUGGACUAGAUGACCCACGGGGUCCCUUCCAACACUACGAUUUUACGAUUCCUGGGGUGGUUGUGAGCAUCAAACGCUAUAUCCGCGCGGUGCGACCACCUGAAAUCAUGGGAGGAAAGACGAGAUGAUAAAUAUUUACUAUUAAGCCGGUUUGUGUAAAUGAGAAGCUGUGGAGAAGCCCCCCUCCCCCAAUUUUCCUCACAACAGCCCUGUGAGGUAAAUUGGGCUCAGGGCCACCCUUGUGGGUGUUUGUGGCCAACUGAGAACAGGAUUUGAGCCCACUGUCUCCGCAACACCCGGCUGCCCCUCAAAACAGAGAGAGACAGAGGCACAAUGGGAUUUCUUCAAAACAGGCGGUCUCCCUUUCAUCCCCGAAUCUGGUGACUGUGUGGGCUGGUGAUUCAGUCAUCCAUCCUGCGCCAGCUUUCUGAAGGGCCUCAGCCUCCAGGAAUGUCUCCCUUCUCCAGGUGUCCCCAGCUGGGCCACAUCAGUCACCGCUUCUCCAUCUCGGCCUCCCUGGAGUCGCCUCUUGAGUUUAGAGAGGGAAAUCUGAUUCUUUUUGGACUCUGGGGAGAGUAACGCAAGCAAAAACAGCUAUUGUAACUAGAGCUGGGGUAGAACUUUGAUGCUGUCAGGUGGGUCCCUGGAGAAGGCCUCUCUGACUGUGUGGAUGGAUCCGUGGUAUAAGGGUCAGCACUAAGCUCCAGCCCCGACCCCACAAAUCGCUUGCUGUUAUUCCACUGAUUUUCAUAUUCCAGAGCGGUAGUUGUCUUACUCUCUCUUGCAGCAAAAACAACAGAAAGCCCGGUGGCACCCACAAAUGUAUGAUGGCAUAAGCUUUUGCGGACUAUGGUCUGCUUCAUCAGUUGCAACUCAGAAUAACGCUCCGUGCGUCUCGUGAAGUGGACUGUGGUUUAUCAGAACUUAUGCUACCCUAAAUUUGCCAGGCUUUAAGGUGCUUCAAAGAUUUCUUGUUAUAUUGAUGUUGGUAGCAUUUGCAGAGUCCAUAAGCAAAAUUAAUAGGUCUCUGCCCCAAGGGGUCCUCAAGUUACAUUUUGACCAGGUUUGGUGAGUGGGGGGGGAAUGGGCAAUAAGAAAUGAAAUGAGGAAAUGCAGGUCCUUAUACCUAGAAUGAAUUUCCAUUGGGAAUGAGAAUGGAAAGCUUAAUCUAAAGACUUCAUGAUAGGUAACCUUCUCAUGAAGGAUUUGAAGGGAAAUCAUGAGUAGUGGAACUGCUUAGGUAUUCGGAGAGGCUGUUUAAAAGUGACUCGGAAGCUACAGCUAAUCCAGAAUGCGGCAGCUAGACUGGUGACUGGGAACGGCAGCCAGGACCAUAUAAUACCAGUCCUAAAAGAGCUACAUUGGCUCCCAGUACAUUUCUGAGCACAAUUCACAGUGUUGGUGCUGACGUUUGAAGCCCUAAACGGCCUCAAAGGCCCAGUAUACCUGAAGGUAUGUCUCCACCCCCAUUGUCCAGCCCAGACACGGAGGUCCAGCACUGAGGGCCUUCUGGUGGUUCCCUCACCGCGAGAAAUUAAGUUACAGGGAACCAAGCAGAGGGCCUUAUUGGCACCGGCGCCCACUCUUCCAUCAGAUGUCAAGGAGAUAAAUGACUUUAUGGCUUUUAGAAGACAUAUGAAGGCAGCCCUGUACAGGGAGGUUUUUUAAUGCCUGAGGGGUUUUUUAAUGUUAGUACAGUGGUACCUCAGGUUAAGUACUUAAUUCGUUCCCGAGGUCCAUUCUUAACCUGAAACUGUUCUUAACCUGAAGCACCACUUUAGCUAAUGGGGCCUCCUGCUGCUGCCACGCUGCCGGAGCACGAUUUCUGUUCUCAUCCUGAAGCAAAGUUCUUAACCCGAGGUACUAUUUCUGGGUUAGCGGAGUCUGUAACCUGAAGCGUAUGUAACCUGAGGUACCACUGUAUUUUGAUGGAAGUUGCCCAAAGUGGCUGAGGUAACCCAGUCAGAUGGGUGGCAUGUAAAUAAUCAGUGGUGAUAUAUAAAUAUCCGUGAUAAUAUAUUGAGAGAAUAUGCUCAAGAUAUCUGAAGGAGCGUCUCCACCCCCAUCGUUCUGCCCGGAUGCUGAGGUCCAGCGCCGAGGGCCUUCUGGCGGUUCCCUCACUGCGAUAAGCCAAGUUACAGGGAACCAGGCAGAGGGCCUUCUCGGUAGUGGCGCCUUCCCUGUGGAACACCCUCCCACCAGAUGUCAAAGAGAACAACAACUACCAGGCUUUUAGAAGACAUCUGAAGGCAGCCCUGUUUUGGGAAGCUUUUAAUGUUUGAUGUAUUAUAGUAUUUUAAUAUUCUUUUGGAAGCCGCCCAGAGUGGCUGGGGAAGCCCAGCCAGAUGGGCGGGGUAUAAAUAAUAAAUUAUUAUUAUUAUUAUUAUUAUUAUUAUUAUUAUUAUUAUCUCUUAACACAGACAGACAGUUGGAUCAGUCCAAGGGGCCCCAAUCUAGUCCAGAAUCCUGUUCUCGCAGUGGCCAAUGAGAACCCCAAAAAGCAGGGGCUGAACACAACAUCACUCUCCCAAUUUGUGAUUCCCUGCAUUCUGCCUCUGACAGUUGAGGGAGAACAUAACCUUUGUGGUGUCUAUCAAUUGGUUGCACCUGUAACCCACGUUCCUUUUUAAGAGAGGGUUGUCAACGGGCUUAAAGGGGAUUUCCUUCCCCUCGCUGGAUGAUGCAUAUUUUCCAAUUUAUGUCUGAGAUUGGGAUUCGUACCAGAAAGAAUGCUCAUGACUCGCCUUAUUACUCAGAACCAAAUGGGCGUGGUCUUGUUUUCUCCUUUAAAGGAGUAUUAGAUUCCGAAUGGUGAAAUGGAAGUGUGGGACUGGAGGGGUCAAGACUGCUGUCGCUGCACCCCGCUUCUCUGCAAAACAGCUGUAUAAAACAAACCACCUGGAAUCUUUUGUCAGGCAAAACAACACAACGAUUUGCUACGCAGGGUGGGCUGCCUGCAGCCUUUCUCUGCCGCCACCCAUGUCUUUGUACUCCCUGCUGAAUAAAAUCUGGGGAAACUACACCUUCUUGGGCUAUAUAAAUAACUGCUAGCAUAGCUCUUGUUCUUCACUCCACCCAUGAGACUUUGCAGAAAGAGCGGGAGGAAUUUCACCGUGCUAGUUUUGCACCUUAGGUUGGUCAAAGCGGAACGAAUUGGUGCCUUUGAGUUCGUGCCUCUGGGAGGAGGGUGCAAAACUGGAUCACCUGAAAUAUUUGCUGGGAAAUGGGUGCAUUUGGCAGAACAUAUCAGGUUCCAGGAGAAUGAGGAGCCAAGUCACUUUCAUUGUGUUUAGCCAAAGGGUAUAGCAAGAUGAAACUGUUGGCUGGCCUCCCCCAGAAGUGACAGGGGGUUGUGAUUAACUGAAACGUACCCUUCCCGACUUUGGACCAAGGAGCCACCUGUACAAUUAACGGCCAGCAUUUCGCCUGUUUCCCUCUACCGCUGUCUCAGAAAGCGCCGCUCUGUGGGUGGUAUAUAAAUCUCGGCAGGUUAAUCUCCCAUCAUAUUGAAGUUCUUUCAAACAAUAUAGCAGGCUGCACUAUUGUUCUAGAAAAAGAGGUUGCUGGAACUCACAAUGAACACACCUCCCUUGUUCUCUUAUAAGGCAGGAACUGAGUUCUUGUGAGCUCUGGUUGAAAAAAAGCCCUGGCCUCAGGUCACCCUGUGUGUUGCUGUUAUUUCUUACCUAUGUCAUUUUAAACUGUGAUAUUAAUGCUGUAUUCUUAGCUUUAGAUUUUGAUUUAUGUCGAAAUUGUUUCCCAUUUGGUUGUGUAUUUUUUUGAGGUGGUUUGUUUAUUGUUUAUGACUUUUGUAAUUUUGUAAAUCUUGUUAUGCUGUAAGCCUCCUUGAGCAUUGUUUUCUUAACUGUGGAAAGGCGGCAUACAAGUAAAAAAUGAUGAUGAUGAUGAUGUAAGCACAAAGGGUAGAGUGAAAAUGUCCCUGUGUCUGCAGCUCAUAGCUCUGUACACUACGGUUCACCACAGUACUUCAGCAGCUUGGCUGAUGCCACAGAUUCUGAAUCAUUUGAUGAUAGUCUUGGUUUCCCCCAAAGAAUUCUGGGAGCUGUAGCUUGCGAAGGGUGCUGAGAGUUCUUCAGGAAACCGCUAUUCCCCUCCCAGAGCUACAAGUUGUCUGGGAUGAAUAAGUAUGGGGUGAAUAUGGCCCCAGUCUUCCUUACCCAGGUUUGUGGAGGGGACGGAUUUGAAACUAUAAAAGUUCCCGGAAAUACUGGGGGCAAGCCUUCCUGAACUUCUUGCCCUCUCGGUGUUCUGGAUUACAAACCCCUGACCAUUGUCCGCAGGAGUAGCAGUCUACCAAAUUCAAAGUGUUGGUGCUGACAUUUAAAGCCCUAAACGGCCUCGGUCCAGUAUACCUGAAGGAGCGUCUCCACCUCCAUCAUUCUGCCCGGAUACUGAGGUCUAGCACUGAGGGCCUUCUGGCGGUUCCCUCACUGUGAGAAGCAAAGUUACAGGGAACCAGGCAGAGGGCCUUCUCGGUAGUGGCGCCCACCCUGUGGAACGCCCUCCCACCAGAUGUCAAAGGAAUAAACAACUAUCUGACUUUUAGAAGACAUUUAAAAGCAGGCCUGUUUAGGGAAGCUUUUAAUGUUUAAAAGGUUAUUGUAUUUUAGUGUUUUGUUGGAAGCCGCCCAGAGUGGCUGGGGGGACCCAGCCAGAUGGGCGGGGUAUAAAUAAUAAAUUAUUAUUAUUAUUAUUAUACCAGCAAUUGAAGGGGGGUGUCAGGGAACUGCCAUCAGUGCCGGAGGGAGAGAGCAAAAUCCAGAGGGAUUCCAGAGAGCGUCCCGGGAUUGGGAGAGGCAGCCCAUCUUCUGGGGAAGAGAAUCAGCGUAGCACCAGUGGAGAAGGGGGGCAGAUGGGGAAGCGACGAGGCGGUCCCAUGACUCCUUGCCGGGGACCAGCAGGGAGAGUAGGGGUCCUCCGCUGCCUACGCCCUCCUUGCGCAGAAGGCUUUCGUGCAGAGAGAGUAGGAGGAGACUAGGCGUCAAAGAGCUUCUUUGCUGGAAGAAGUUUAAGAAACGCCCACUGACGGAUUCUGCAGCCACGGGUGAGUGGCUGUCCGGACAGAAAAGGUUCACUUAGGCAACCCAGCCAGGUGUUUGCACCGGCUUACGCACGAGCAACCCCUAGAACCAUUACAGGGGGCAAGCAGGUUGGGUAAGGCUGAUCAUGACAAGCAUGCAGCUGCAAUCGAAUCUAGAUCCGUCUUCACAUCUGUCAGCCAGCUUGCGAACGUUAAGCUUAAAAACUAGCUCCUUUGGGGAUGAGGAAUGUGUCGGCAUCAUAGAGGAGCGUCAGUCUCUCCGUAAGCCGGAGCGUUUCAGAAAUAGAUUUUGAGGAGGCGCCAAAAUGCUCUGGAAAUCGGAAACAAUUGUGUGCCGGAUUUGCUGCAACCCAGUCAAGUGGGGCAGUGAUUGCGAAGGCCUGCCUCUUUCCUCCUACGCGGGAGGACACCUGAGUUUACCCCAGCCACUCCCCUUAUGCACAUUCCUUUGGUGGAAUGAAAUCUUGUAGACUGGAAGCUUAAUGUGCAGGGGAAGGGAAGACAACUGGCUGUAUCAUACGUAGCCUGCAAUAGCUGCAUUUGUACUAGCUUAAACGUAAAGGGACCCCUGACCGUUAGGUCCAGUCGUGGCCGACUCUGGGGUUACGGCGCUCAUCUCGCUUUAUUGGCCAAGGGAGCUGGUGUACAGCUUCUGGAUCAUGUGGCCAGCAUGACUAAGCCGCUUUCUGGCGAACUAGAGCAGCGCACGGAAACGCCGUUCACCUUCCCACUGGAGCGGUACCUAUUUACAGUGGUGCCUCGCAAGACGAAAAUAAUCCGUUCCGCGAGUCUCUUCGUCUAGCGGUUUUCUCGUCUUGCGAAGCAACCCUAUUAGCGGCUUAGCGGCUUAGCGCUAUUAGUGGUUUAGCGGCUAUUAAAGGCUUAGCGGCUUAGCGGCUAUUAGCGGCUUAGUGGCUUAGAAAAAGGGGGGGGAGCGAAAAAAAUUGCAAGACUCGCAAGACUUUUUCGUCUAGCGAAGCAAGCCCAUAGGGAAAUUCGUCUUGCGAAGCGCAUCGAAAAACGGAAAACCCUUUCGUCUAGCGGGUUUUUCGUCUUGCGAGGCAUUCGUCUUGCGGGGCACCACUGUAUCUACUUGCACUUUGACGUGCUUUUGAACUGCUAGGUUGGCAGGAGCAGGGACCGAGCAACGGGAGCUCACCCCGUCGCGAGGAUUUGAACCGCCGACCUUCUGAUCGGCAGGCCCUAGGCUCUGUGGUUUAGACCACUGCGCCACCCGCGUCCCAUCUAGCUUAGACGGCUUUAAAAAACCCCCAACCACAAUUAGAUGUUCAAGGAGGAAUACCAACAGCAAUUAGCCAUGAGAUCUCAGUGGAACCUCCAUGAUUGCAAGCAGGCUCUCUCUGAACAGCACAAGCUGGGAGCCAGCGGCAAGGGGAGGCCGAGACUUUCAUGUUCUGCCUACCAAGUUGCCAGGAGCAACAUUCUGGCAGAAAUGCAGGGCUAGGUGUCCUUUUGGAGUGAUGUGGCAGGGCCAGUUGCAUGCCUGCAAUUUAACAGGCCUAACCUGUGGUCUGGUUUGGGAGGAGUUACACGGUGCUGCCCUCAAACAAGAGGGGAAGAAAGCCACAUAUCUGAGCCUACUAAUCCCAGAUGCAUCCACGGAGGCUAAUACGGGCUGCUGAGAACAAAGCAGUGGUUCCUCUGCACAUGCCCAGAGACACUCUGCUGUUUACUGUGGCCUUAUAUGUUCAAGGACUGAGAAGGAUUACCAGUAGGCCCUGGGAAAGAGGUUUUAUCUCCCUCCUUAGGCUGCCACCUUUUUCUGGAUAAACCACUGUCCUUUAACUAUUUGGCUGCCUGUUCAUUGAAAUAUAUGUGAGCCUCAUUUGCUCUGUUGCCUUACUGAGGCUGGGUUUAGGGUUGCCAACUCACCUGGACAAAACUAGCAGCCUGUAGACCGAGCUGUUGUUGAAGGCGCAGGAGCCAGGCCUGCAAAGGGACUUUGGCAACCCUAUCCAUGAUAGAGGCCAGUGGGGGCGGGAAAGAUUUGAGCCAACUGGGAGGAUCUGCCUUCCUCUGCUCCACUUUCCCAAUUAACUUCCAUCUCCAGGGGCUGCCCUGUGACACCAUCAGGGCCCCACUCCUAGGUCUCAGGUUUGGGGCUUGAAAUCUGGGCUGUUCUUGACCUGGCAAGCCUAGCUAUGACUGUUAGCGCUGCCUGAUGGGAGUUGUAGUCCAAAACCUCCAGUGGGUACCACUGGGGCAAUCUUUGGGGCUUGGAACUGGAUUUUGGGGGGCGGGACAGGGGCUGCUGCUGGUGCCGGAGGGAGCAGUGAUAGAGCGAGCCCGCCUCUCCACAACCACAACAGAGGUUUCAGUUCUCGCUGCAGUACUUGGCUCAAAAGGGAGGCGAAUGGUCUCCAGCCCAGGCGUCCUGUGCCAACUUUUUCUCCCUGGGGCUGGGAGAGGCGGGCUUGUUUACAUCAUUUGCUCAGUGAGGUCAUAGAGUUGAAAGGUCCAUGCAGUCCACCCUUGUGUGGCUCCACUAGAGCUCUCUUCCCUGCUCCGGCAAGUCGGAGCAGGGCCUUUUAGUUCUGUGGAACAGCUUCCCUGUUGAAAUGCGGCAGGCGCCCACAAUUUCCACUUUCCGGAAACAAUUGCAGCCGUUCCUGUUUGGACAAGCUUUUCCAGCUAAAUGAAAAGGUCUCUGCCUAAGCUGUUUAUUUUGUAUUAUUAAAAAACCUAUACAGUGGUACCUCAGGUUACAUACGCCUCAGGUUACAGACUCUGCUAACCCAGAAAUAGUGCUUCAGGUUAAGAACUUUGCUUCAGGAUGAGAACAGAAAUCAUGUGGCAGCAGCAGGAGGCCCCAUUAGCUAAAGUGGUACCUCAGGUUAAGAACAGUUUCAGGUUAAGAACGGACCUCCAGAAUGAAUGAAGUUCUUAACCCAAGGUACCACUGUAUUUUCUUUCUCGCACACUUUUGAAACCGUUUUCAGUCACUCCUAUUGUAUGCGCAUGAGACUCAUCGGAAAGACAAUUCAUGAAUUAAAUAAUAAGAUUAACAUUAACAAUAAUAAUAAUAUCAACAUUAAUAAUCAGUGCUUUUUUUCUCGGGGGACGCAGUGGUACGCAUUCCCUGGCCUAAACAUUUUGUGAAUCUAAGUUUGGCCUCAUUGAGGGGGCAGUAUUUCAAUAAGAGUAGGAAAAUGAGAUUACCCCUAAACUUUUUUUUAGAAAAAAAGCACUAAUGUUGAUGAUGAUGAUAUGCUUCGUCCAAAUGCCUCCAGUAAGGGCUGUCAGAUGCCAACCCCAGUAUAGUGCCACUGAUAUAGUUGGCACUUUUGAGAAUAAUCCGAAAAGACAGGUCCCUGUCCCAACAUGCUUACAAUCAAUCUUGAAAAAAAGAAAACACGACCAGGAUGAGGGACAUGGGCGUAGCCAGAAUUUCACUGCAUGCUUCUCUGUUGGACCAGGAGCCAAUUUGGGUCUCUUGGCAUAGAAGAAGAUUCCCCCUCCCCUCCCUUCCCCAUCCUUCCUAGAGAAAGCAGCGUGAGGCUCAAGAGUGAGGCCUGGGCUUCUUCCAAGUACGCAACUUUUGUUUCUCAGGCCCUGGAAUGUGUCCCUCAUUCCUCAAGGGUUAACGGCGGCUGCAGGGCAGGAUAUUCUCAGACUGGAUUUAUGCGCCGGCUGCUCCACCUCCUCUGUUCCGCACACAUUAUGCAUCAUCUAGUGGCGUAUAUUUUAUGUCCCAUGUGCCGCUCUCGCUCUUUGACCUCGAAGCGCCACAGAGAUUCUACACCCUUGCUUUGCAGCCGAGGGAGAUUGGCCCUUCUGAAAUUAGAAUAUGUUCUCGCUUGGUUAGCGUGGAAGUUUGACCAAAUCGGUUUAUGGAGGAACAUUUUAUCCAGUGCUUUUUUUCUGGGGGGACACAGCGGUAUGCAUACCCCUAAACAUUUUGUGAAUCUAAGUUUGACAUCACUGAGGGGGCAGUAUUUCAAUAUGAGUAGGAAAAUGAGAGUACCCCUAAACAUUUUUUUAGGGGAAAAAGCACUUGUUUUAUCUAUGAAGUUUAUAUUGGUCUGUGGACGACAUUUGGGGAUCCCUGCUCUAUUGUGCUGUCUCACAUUUACCAGAGUUUAUGUCUGAUACUCUUGUCUUCAUCCCUGGAAUUGGGGUGUGUGAUGCUGCUUUUUUUUGGGGGGGGGGUGUUACAUGGCUGGAGGAAGGGUGAAUCAGACCCCCCCUCCCCUCUUCUCCACUGACCAUUCUUCAUCCCAGUUUGGCAUCCACCAGCAAAACAGGCUUGCAGGUGUUGCAGGAAUUUAUGUAUAGGUUUUUUGGGGGGUUGCCCCUCCAGCAGAUAUCAUGCCCAUGCAGCCCACUACCAAAAUCAGCACAAUCGCUUUUGUGACUUUUGUGAUUUGUCCCCACAAAACACUACAUCACAGUUUCUUCCUAUCUAUUCAAAGGGUCUCUGCUGCACAAUACCAAAUGUAAGAAUUCACUGAUAAAUGUAUCUAUGUACUGGCUCGCUGGGAAAACUUCACAGGAAAAUCCCGGAAGGAAGAAAACCAAAAGAGUCUUGGACAAAGGGGUCAGCCUCUUUUCUUUGGCCUUAGCCCCACCCCUGGCCGGCCGGCCAUUGUCCUCCCUGGCCAAGGGUGGGUCAAAGGCUGGCCCAAGCAGGUGGGAGACACCUGCCCAGGUGAGCCCUUAGGUGCUGGAAACCCCACCCACCUGUGGGGAAGGGAGAGCGGAAACUCAUAUAGACAUGUGAGUUCAGCUACUCAGCAGCCCCUCUGCCUGAGUGAUAAUUCCUGGCAUCCUGAUACCUGAGUGCCAGACAGGUACCCAUUCCAGAAAUAACAAACCCAGAUGAAGACAAAAGGGUGUGAUUAACUUGGCUGGGAAACAGGGAAAUGUAAAUAUCUCUUUUGCUUCACUUGAUGGGUGUUUGGUGGAGGGCAAGGGGAACCAUGGGGCAGGGUCCAGGAUGCUCAGAUUACUGCCACUAGACCUCCCCUUUCAUGAUGUAACCAUCAUGUAUGAGUGAUGUAGUUGGGGGGGGCGUGUAACAUGGGGAUUAGCAGCUAAUAAAAGUUUGGGUUCUCUUUUGUUUGGGGCUUCCAUCUUGUUCCACCUUGUGGCAGGUGGGAGUCCUGUCGCGACAGUCUUCAACAAAGACCAAGCCUACUGGCUGCUGUUUUGCUCUGGUAUUCCUGGCUGGUGUCCUUGUUUUUUGGCCAAGGGAGCCCUCAGAUUUCUCCGUUAACAGGGGAAAACCUGUUUUUGCCAUGGCAACAACCGGUUUAGGCCUCACCGAAGCAAAUCCCUCUUUGCCUAACCUGACAUUGAAAAAUUGGGUUGGGAUGGCCCCAUGUAUUCCUACCCCGCACGUGUCCCAGAAAAAAAACCCAGAACAUCCCGGUUUGUCCUGCAAGAGCACAACAACCAUUUGCGGUGCUGUGAUCUCACACGAUUUCAUUUUGGGGCACCGUGGAAGCAUGUUUUUUGGGGGUUCCGUGAUCUCACAUGGGGAGCAUGUUUGGGAAAACGUGCAUCCUGGUUUUGGGACUCAGAGGAUACAUAUAUGCCGGUAUCCUCAGAGGGGGAUGUGGGUGGCGCUGUGGGUUAAACCACAGAGUCUAGGACUUGCCGAUCAGAAGGUCGGCGGUUCGAAUCCCCGCGACGGGGUGAGCUCCCGUUCGUCGGUCUCUGCUCCUGCCAACCUAGCAGUUCGAAAGCACGUCAAAGUGCAAGUAGAUAAAUAGGUACCGCUCCGGCGGGAAGGUAAACGCGUUUCUGUGCACUGCUCUGGUUCGCCAGAAGCGGCUUAGUCAUGCUGGCCACAUGACCUGGAAGCUGUACGCCGGCUCCCAGGGCCAGUAAAGCGAGAUGAGCGCCGCAACCCCAGAGUCGGCCACGACUGGACCUAAUGGUCAGGGGUCCUUUUAUCCUCAGAGGAAUGGGGGGAGAAAUGGACUAGAAACAAGAGAUUAAAGAUGGCAUCCUUGCUGCCCAGAAACUCCAAAGGGCUCUUGACCCGGAGAUUGCAACCCCUUAAACUGUUGUUGAAAUGGCGGGCAGAGUGAUUUCCCCUCCUUUCACUUCCCAGACGGUGAGGGAAAAGGAGGCGGUGAAACUGGAAUUGGAUGAGGGAAUCCCGCCCCCCGCCAUUCAAGGCUCCCACAGUGUUGGUUGUUGCUUCACGAUAGAGAAAAAUAAAAGAGUUUUUCCUGGCAUCGACAGGAUUGCUGCCCCAUAAAUCUGUUUAUUUGCAGCAUUCCUCUCGGUGCAUAGUACAGUAUUGGUUCAGUUCGGCUGCAUGUGGGUGGUUUAGCUCUCCCCGCGCCAGUUUAAUCAAACUGUGGGCAGAGUGAAUCCGUUUUAUUCCGGCAAACUUUUGAUGUUUUUUGUGUGCUUGGUUUCAACCGCUGACCCUUAGCCAAUGUGCUUUAUUGUCGCUGUGUUUCUGAAAUCGCCAUUUGAAAUGCUGCACGCUGCACUGGGCGGGUUUUUUUGCGCUAGAAGGGUGGGGUAGAAAUGUUUUAAUUUAAAAAAAAACCCAUGUAUUUCUGCCAACAAGAAACUUAUCUGAUUUACUUUAUGGGUUUGGGGGGAUAAUAAAGGCCUAAAAAAAAUAUAACCGCAACAAACAGAUAACUGGGGUGGUCCUAGGCAAGGGAAGGGUAGGUUUUCUACAACUUUAAUAUUUAUGGAGGGGAUUUCAACAGGUGUAGCUUGUCAGGCAAGUUAUAGCACACCUGCUGAAAUCGCCUACACAAAUAUUAAAGGUGUAGGAGCGGUAUCUUCCCCCGCCCUUUCCUUUUUUUCCAUGCAGCUGCCUUAGUAUAUCCAGGAGAUUUGAAAGUAAUCAGGGAGUUUAAAUCUGUUCUGUUGAAUUGACUGGAGAUUUGGGAAGAGAAGCUUCACCUGUUGAAUUUCUGCCGCUAUGGCAGAAGUCCAACCGGUGAAGCUUUACUGUAAAAAGCUAAUAAGGGGUUUUAGCAGACUGCUACUGAGACCAGAAGAACCCCCACCCCCACCCUCCAGGCCUCUAAGCUUGCAGAGUGUUUGCUGCUCUACCCUGGCCCACACUAGGGCUUGGGUGGGUAUUUUUCGAUGGACCGGGGAAUUAUAAGAACCGUCAUUAAGCGGGUGGGGCUGGUGCAGCUGCUAUCCCUUGGCAGCUGGUGACGGAGAGGCGAGGAGAGUCAUUGUCCGCAGCCGGCCGGGCCAGCCAGAUCUGAACGUCACCAUUCCCUCCCGCUGCCCCAAAUUGGCACAUUACAGAAGACAAGAUUUGCAAAAAGGAAAAAAGGAGGAAAGUGAUGCUAAAGAGUUGCCAACUUUUAAAACUAGCUGCUCCUGCUCCCUGAAGCAGUCAGAUGAUCUGCUACAGACGAUAGCAGGUGGCAAAUGGAUAAGAGUUUUAAAAUAUUAAGCGAGAUAUGUAUGUGUGUUAGUUAAUCAAUCAAUCAAUCAAUCAAUCUUUGUCUCCAGGCUUAACAACCUUUCUUGUUGAUUCCUGCAACCCAGACUCUUGCUACUGGCAGUAGAGCUGGCUUGAGUUCUCAUUUUUUUUCCUGGUCAGUGGCCAUCCCUUUAAAUAAUAUUCAUAGCCUAAUUUGACCCAGAGCUCGGACCCCACUGAACCGUUCUGCGAUGCCAAAGCACAGCCAUUGGAAUAUAUAGUGGUACCUCGGGUUAAGUACUUAAUUCGUUCCAGAGGUCCGUUCGUAACCUGAAACUGUUCUUAACCUGAAGCACCACUUUAGCUAUUGGAGCCUCCUUCUGCCGCCGCGCCGCCGGAGCACGAUUUCUGUUCUUAUCCUGAAGCAAAGUUCUUAACCUGAAGCACUAUUUCUGGAUUAGCAGAGUCUGCAACCUGAAGCGUAUGUAACCUGAAGCGUAUGUAACCCAAGGUACCACUGUAUUGUAAUAAGAGAGUGAGGCAUCUUGUGGGUCUCUGAGCAUGCGCAGUGCAUUUUUCCCUUCACGCAACCAGACUCCUGGAAUGUGACGAUGAGAGCCAUGCUUUCCAAGUCGGAAGUUGUUCAUUCUCAGGCCUACUGCAGCCCGAACGCCCUUCCCUUGUAGCAGGACUCAAUUUUAUUUAUAUAAAAUUGCAGACGCCCCCAGGACAGGUGGGCAGACAACGGCAAGGUUAAACGAGUUUAAAACCUGGUUUCAGUGAAUAGAGGUUCUGGAUAUGGGCUAAUACCUGGGAAUUGGAAAAGGGGACAAUCAUCAUCAUCAUCAUCAUCAUCAUCACAGAGUCAUAGAAUUGAAGAGUUGGAAGGGACCCUAUGGAUCAUCUAGCCCACGCCCUGUAAGGCAGCUGUUCCAUAUGGGGUUCAAACCUGCAACCAUGGUGUUAUAUCAGCACCACUCUGUAUCCAAUAUUAUUCUUAUUUUAAUUUCUUACUUGCCCUUCACCACAUGGUCUGGGGGCAAUUUGAAAACAUUCAGAGGAGCCAGUGUCACAUAGUGGUUAGAGUAUUGGACUCAGACCUGGGAGACCAGGGUUCAAAUCCCUACUUGGCCAUGGAACUUAUUGGGUGGCCUUGGGCCAGCCAUAGCCUCUCAGCUUAGCCUACCUCGCAGGCUUGUUGUGAGGAUGAAAUGGGGUGCAAUAAAGCUUUGGGGCGCCAUGAAUGCCACUUCAAUCUCCUUAGGGCAGGCAUGGCCAAACUUGGCCCUCCAGCUGUUUUGGGACUACAACUCCCAUCAUCCCUAGCUAACAGGAACCAAUGGUCAGGGAUGAUGGGGAUUGUAGUCCCAAAACAGCUGGAGGGCCAAGUUUGGCCAUGCCUGCCUUAUGGGAAAGGUGGGCUAUCAAUGCGAAAGGCCGGCAGGUGGUAGAUAAAUAGCUAUGAAAAUCGGGUCGAAACAAUGCUGUAGGGUGGGUCGUAAAAUAUAUACAGUGGUACCUCAGGUUAAGUACUUAAUUCGUUCCGGAGGUCCGUACUUAACCUGAAACUGUUCUUAACCUGAAGCACCACUUUAGCUAAUGGGGCCUCCUGCUGCUGCCACGCGGCCAGAGCCCGAUUUCUGUUCUCAUCCUGAAGCAAAGUUCUUAACCCGAAGCACUAUUUCUGGGUUAGCGGAGUCUGUAACCUGAAGCAUAUGAAACCUGAAGCGUAUGUAACCUGAGGUACCACUGUACAUCUCAGGUGUCAGGUACAGUUACGGACGUGAUUCGUGCGGGAUGCAUGUUCGCAACCUGCAGCGGCGCAUCUGCGCACGCGCGGAUUGCGAUUCGUGUUUCUGCGUAUGUACAAAGCGCGAUUUUAGCGCUUCUGCGCAUGCGCGACCGCCUAAACCUGGAAGUAACCUGUUCUGGUUCUGGUACUUCCAGGUUUCGGUGCAUCCGUAACCUGAAAAAACACAACCUGAAGCGUCUGUAACCCGAGAUGACUCUACAUAUUAAAGAGGCACUUAUUCAGUGUGCAGCAGAAACUGCACAACAAAGGUAGACUCCUAUUGGCUAGACUGGCUAGACCAUCGCUGUUUCUAUCCUAGACCCAUCCCUAUGUCUCAUUUUCCUUCUGCACGAUGCUAUUCAGGUGCUCCAACGCAAUCUCUUUCUCUCCUCCAGCCGUGUUCUUCCAAGAGAGCCCUUCGAACCUGACAUCUUCCUUGGGCAAGGACAUCAAGCUUUCCUGCUCCGCCCUUUCCCUUGGCGAGCCGCCUGAGAUCAGUUGGCUGAGGGACGGAGCCGCCUUGGACUUGGCGGACAGUAACCAGAUGCAGUUUCCCUUGGAUGAUGAAGAAUGGAUGACCACCAGCGAAUUGAGGUGAGCACCUUGCAUCCCACAGUAGGUGGGCUGGCAGGCUCAGCGUUGGGAAGAUCUAGCGGUGUUAGCGGACAGCAAGCUUAGUACGAGUCAUCAUCAUCAUCAUCAUUUUUAAUUUGUAUACAGUCUUUCUGUCUUACAGUACUCAAGGCGGUUUACAAGCUGAAGAAACAAAAAAUGUACAUCUUAUAACAAUCUAAUGCAAUACAAAAAUGUAAUAAUAAAACAUAACUUUGAAAUAGGCAACCUACACCAAAAAAGUAACAUUCAACAAUCAUUAUAAUAGUAUAAAAUGAUAAUACCAACAUAUAAAAGUUAAACAGAAAUCCACUCAACAGUUACAAUACAGUGGUACCUCUGGUUAAGAACUUAAUUCGUUCUGGAGGUCUGUUCUUAACCUGAAACUGUUCUUAACCUGAAGCACCACUCUAGCUAAUGGGGCCUCCCGCUGCCGCUGCAUGAUUUCUGUUCUCAUCCUGAAGCAAAGUUCUUAACCUGAGGUAAUAUUUCCGGGUUAGCGGAGUCUGUAACCUGAAGCGUAUGUAACCCAAGGUACCACUGUAAAUAAUAUCCAAACUAUAAUCAAUAAAACAACGGCAAGCCACAGUACAUAAAACAAUACAAUACACAUUGAGAAGCUGUUGACACAUUGAGUCAAUAGUGUGAUGCAGCAGCAGCAAAACAAAGAAGCCAAUGCUGUUCUAGGCUGCAUCAACAGAAGUCUAGCGAUCAAGGGAAGUCAUAGUCCCACUCUGUUCUGCCUUGGUCAGGCCACGCCUGGAGUCCUGUGUCCAGUUCUGGGCACCACAGUUUAAGAAGGAUGCUGACAAGCUGGAAGGUGGGCAGAGGAGGGUGACCAAGAUGGCCAAGGGUCUGGAAACCAAGCCUUAUGAGGAACGGUCGAGGGAGUAGGGUGUGUUUAGCCUGGAGAAGAGGAGACUGAGAAGAGAUAUGAGAGCUAUCUUCAAAUGUCUAAACUAAGAGGCUGUCACGGGGAAGAUGGAACAACAGUGGUACCUCUGGGUGCGAACGGGAUCUGUUCCGGAGCCCCGUUCGCAUCCAGAAGUGAACGCAACCUGCGUCUCUGGGUCACGAUUCGCCGCUUCUGCGCAUGCGCGUGACGUCAUUUUGACCGUCUGCACAUGAGCGAGCGGCGAAACCCGGAAGUAACCCGAAAAUACUUAUCCCGAAGUUACUUCAACCCGAGGUAUGACUGUACCCUCCUGCUCCGGAGGGUAGGACUCGAACCAAUGGAUUCAAGUUACAAGCCGACUAAACAUCAGGAAAAACUUUCUGACAGUAAGAGCGGUUUGGCAGUGGGACAGAGUCUCUCAGGAGGUUUUUAAGCAGAGGUUGAAUGGCCACCUGUCGUGGAUGCCAGGCAUAAUUGCAUGAACUUUCAUCCUGUUGCCUCUCCCUCGCCUUUUCUCUAAAAUGUCCCAAAUGCUGCAACCUUUCCCCACGUGGAAGUUGCCUUGACCGUUUGGCUAGCCCUUUUCUGACCGUAUUCCGAUAUCCUUUUUGACGCGAGGCAACCAAAACUGCGCUCUACAGCCAGUCAGUCAGUUGUGCAACAGGAGGAAACCGUGCCACAGGAGAGCGGGGGAAAGUUGAAAUGGUAAUGGGUGUUGCCUGUUUGACUUAAACCACCAUCCCUGCUUUCCUCCACGUGAACAGCUGAGCCAUCUUCCUUGUGGAGAGAUGGGGAGCUGGCUGGCUUUCUCUGAGGGUGUGUGUGUGUGUGUGUGUGAGAGAGAGAGACACAUUGGGAAAUAUUUCCAGUUGCUCAACCCCGAAGCAGCAUAACUUGGUGAGGAGGAGUGGGGCUGGCAGCUUUCCUCUCCUGCCCUCGCAUGACGCUUUUCUUCUCUGCUUCUUUCAUUGCCCUUUCCUCUGGCAGGCCAGGCAAAGUAGGAACUGAAUGGGGAUGAAAGGAGCAGGGGCAGCUUACAGGACCGCCGCCCAAACUGGAUGUCUGAAGUCCUGGAUUAUCCAAGAGGCAGGCUAAGGGCUCAUCCACCCUCCUGCUGCUUCUCUGCUCCGCCCCCCGUCCCCCCCCAAUAGAAAGGGCUCUUUAGCCCACAAUUCCAGUUUUCGCCGGAUUAGCAUUUGCUCCAAUUUAGCACUAAAGAGUGGGUUUUCCCUGGGAAAGGAGCACAACCGGGGGAAACAGCUUGCACCCGUGUCUUCUAAGCACAUGAAGGAUAGCUCAGUCAGUAGAGCAUGAGACUGACCUUGGAGUCAGUCACCAUCUCUUAGCCCAUGGGUAGGCAAACUAAGGCCCGGGGGCCGGAUCUGGCCCAGUCGCCUUCUAAAUCCGGCCCAUGGAGGGUCCGGGAAUCAGCUUGUUUUUACAUGAGUAGAAUGUGUCCUUUUAUUUAAAAUGCAUCUCUGGGUUAUUUGUGGGGCCUGCCUGGUAUUUUUACAUGAGUAGAAUGUGUCCUUUUAUUUAAAAUGCACCUAUGGGUUAUUUGUGGGGCAUAGGAAUUCGUUCAUUCCCCCCCCCCCCAAAAAAAUAUAGUCUGGCCCCCCACAAGGUCUGAGGGACAGUGGACUGGCCCCCUGCUGAAAAGGUUUGCUGACCCCCAUCUUAGCCUAACCUACCUCACAGGGUUGUUGUGAGGGUGAAAUGGGGGGGGGGAGAACCACCUGCAUCACCUGGAGAUCCUUGGAAGAUAAAGGGGGUAUAUCAAUGUAAUAAAUAGUCAUAGUAAUAAUGGUUCCCUUUCUGGUGGUCCACUCCCCAACCCCAUGCUCCAUCUCACAAAAUGGUAAUGAUAAUCCAUUACUGGAUUAUACUGAAUAAAGUCCCUAUUUUUUCUCUUGGGGGAAGCAGGCCUGUUGUGCAACAGCGCCAAAUUCGCUGUUAUUGUGCAAAUUGAAUUUGCCCAUACGCGAUUGAAUUCCACCCGCAAAAUAGCAACAGUCUGGAAUCUCCAACAGUUCCCACGGUUUUUAUAUAUUUUUUACUCUGCCUUUGUUUCGUUAGCUGCGUGGGCUCUUUAAACUUGUUUCUUUCCUUUCCUAAAAAGCUUAUACAUUCAUCUCGAGUUUGAUAAACAGCAAAAGACACAAUGCUCAGCUGGAACAAACAGAAGGGUUUAAAGAACUCUGUAGAAUAAACACACACACACACAACUAGCACAAGAGUAAGAUGCUUUGUUUUGUCUGCUGCUGCUGCUCGCGAUGUCCAGGAGGAAACUGGCAGCUGGUCUUCUGGAUUCAGGAGUCUGAGGAUGGAAGAGGGAAGAAUCAUGACCCAUAAACAAACAGAGAGGUUGUCGGCCUUUCUGCAGUGACACGAACAACCCAAAACACAAACAAUCCCUAACCAGCGAUAAACCAUAACCCGGAGGGGUAGGGGCCCCAAUAUUUAAAAUCAGAAAUAUUGGGCCCCUGUACAAUUUGCCACAGCAUACCCCCCCCCAACAUUUCUCUAAUGGAAAUAGGGACGUCCUAAGGGAAAGCAGGGCAUUCUGAAAUCAAAUCGGAAACCGAGGCGGCUUUUGUAAACCCUGGAAAAUGGGGACAUUUGAAAGGUCUGCCAUGGCAUUCAAGUCGAGUUGAAAAUGUUGGUUCUGUAUGCCCCAAUUCUCUUAACAAAUAUCUCAAACGUUGUCAGAGGUUUUCGGUGCAUAUGGGACCCAAGUUUAUAUCCGUGGAUUUUAAUGGUAUUACUCAUAGUGUGUUUUGUAUCCUGAUGUUUAAUGGAAAUGGGUUUUUUUGGACACACCCCCUGUGCUUAGCCUCCUGGAGUGAGGCACCCUGGAAGAGAAGGGGUGGCUCAGGAGUGAGUGGUCUAGAUUAAGGUUACCAGACUUUUUUCAAAGAAAAGGACACUUUAAAAAAAAUAGAGAAAGAGAAAAGUUAUUAAAGAAAAGGUUACCGUAUUUUUCGCUCUAUAAGACGCACCAGACCAUAAGACGCACCUAGGUUUUGGAGGAGGAAAACAAGAAAAAAAUAUUCUGAAUCCCAGAAGCCAGAACAGCAAGAGGGAUCGCUGCGCAGCGAAAGCAGUGAUCCCUCUUGCUGUUCUGGCUUCUAGGAUAGCUGCGCAGCCUGCAUUCGCUCUGAGCCCGGCCUUGGCUGGGGAGGGCGGGGUAUAAAUAAAAAAUUAUUAUUAUUAUAAGACGCACACACAUUUCCCCUUACUUUUUAGGAGGGAAAAGGUGAGUCUUAUAGAGCAAAAAAUACGGUAUUUUAAAAAAUAAUAAUGAAGAAGUAAUAUAUUCUCUUCUGUGGUCUCCUCUGUCGCGCGGCCUUCCUCUGGACCCUGGCCUGCCCUUUUGGAGAGCUAGCCGCCAUGGAGUAGGCUCGGGUCAGGGCUGGGCUUGGCCACGUGUCCUUGCCCUCCUGGUGCUCUCCUACUUCUCCUUUUCAGCGGCGUGGCAAGGUUGAAGCUCCCCUCUUUUUUUCUUCUUCCUCUUUCUCUCUCUUCCUUCUCCUUCUCCUCUCCUCCUUCUCUCUGUGUCAGCUCUGGGGUUUUCCUGGCCCAGGAGCGCCAUUGGGCAGUUGGCCGGGUGGCCAGGCGCUCUCGCUCCUGGCUCAAUUUGGGUUGCGGGGGUGGGGGUGGGGUGUCAGUGGUUCCCCCAGUUGACACGCUGGGCAUCCCCAGUUCCCCCUUGGUAGUGGCAGUGGCAGUCUCAGCAGCCGGGAGCCAGCCUGAUAGCGCAGUUGGCUCUGGAUGGCUUCAGGAGCUACUCGCUGCCCGCCAUUUUGCCUCGCCAGAAGUCCCCAUAUGAUGUGUCUUGUGCUGUUGAACCAAUCACGCAACAUUUAUUCCCUACUAAUAAAUCUACAACACUUAAAAUAAAAAUCCGGGGACACUCCGGGGACAGAUUUGUGAAUCCGGGGACUGUCCCCGGGAAACGGGGACGUCUGGUAACCUUAGUCUAGAUGAACUUUCAGACUGAUCCUGAGGGGAAGGCCCAUGGCUCAGUGGCAGAACAUGUUUUGCAUGCAGAUGGUCCCGGGAUCAAUCCUGAUGUCUCCAGGUUGGGUUGAAACCCUGGAGAGCCACUCCCAGUCCAUGCAGACAAGGCCAAGCCAAAUGGACCAAUGGUUUCAUAGAAUCAUAGAAUCAUAGAGUUGGAAGAGACCAUAGAAUUAUAGAGUUGGAAGAGUUGGUUUGACUCGGUAUAAGGCAACUUCCUGUGAUCCUACCCAGCAGGGCUCUGCUCAUGUUCUCAUGAACAGGCCUGAAGCCUAGCCUGGUAGUAUUCGCCUGAGCAAGUGGUCUAGAUCAGGAGUAGAGGUUGUUGGCAUCCGACUGGCGUGAGCCUUUGGGGGUGAAGUCAAACUGUGGGACCUGCUGUGGCUGUAGAGACCGAUACGAGUGAGACAUGUUUUGUUGCAGCCGGGGCAGAUGAAGGCGUCCGAUUGAUGCACCACGGUGUUUCUUCUCUCUGAGUUCCUCCCGGCGGUCAUUCCUCCUCUGGUCACUGCUAGAGAUACUCUUGUUUAAGGAGGGAUCCCACAACCCUGCUCUCUCUCCUCAGAUCAGGAGUGAAUUUUAAGGCACUGAGAAGCCAAAUUAACUCCCUGUGUUGCUGUUCUCCUCUUCCCUGACAGCAUCCCUUCUGUUCAGCUCUCGGACAUGGGGAACUACCAGUGUGCGGCUUCGGUGAAUGGAUCUGAAGUCCUCUCUGAUGAAGCCUACCUGAAGCUGGAAGGUAAACGCUGUUUGUCUGAGCGUGAUGUGCGCACACCAGAUCACACCGAGAGGAUCUUACACAAGUGUUCAUCACAGGGUCGAAGAAGGAGGGUGGUGACAGAGAAAAGAGGCGCUGGAGCCCAAACUGGCUUUGCAGCCAGCUUCUCUUUCUUUCAAAACUUUCCCAACGUGAAAGUUUUGAAGAACGCAGACGCAACAAGUACUGUAAAUAUAAAUGGAAGAUGUUUUGUCUAGGGUGAGACCUUGGUUCCUUAGCCAUAGAUGAUGACCUUGUGCGAGUGUUUGGGUGAGCUGUGUGGGGUUUCUACUGCGGUUGGAGGAGCCCUAGAUAAGACUGGGUUUGAGCGUCACAGCGGAAGCCUGCCAGUGUUGUAGUUUGUGGAUUGUUGGGAUCUGUGAUUGCUGAGAGAGCCUGUGGCUGUGCCUGAUUGUAGACUGAAUAUAUCCCAAGCCGCCAAUUAGUUUCUGGGCCCAAUUCAAAGUGCUGGUGGCCUAUAAAGCCUUAAAUGGCUCAGGACCACAAUACCUCAAUAUACACCAACCCGGACAAUGCACUCAUCAUCUGAGGCCCUUCUUUGUGUGCCUCCUCCACGAGAGGUCCAGAGGGCAGCAACACAAGAACGGGGCCUUUUCCGGGGUGGCUCCCUGUCUGUAGAAUACUCUCCCCAGGGAGGCUCACCUAGCACCUUCAUUAUAUGUCUGUAGGCACCCGACAAAAGCAUUCCUUUUCAACCAGGCCUUUGGCUGAUUAAUAUUCUACAGGCUUUUACAUGCGUUUGUGGGAAGGGGGUAUUGUUUCGUUGUUUUGGUUUCAACUAUUUACUUGCGUUUUUUUACCUUGUGUUUUUACUCUGUGAAUCCUCUUCAUAUCUUUGGAUGAAGAGCAGUAUAUAAAACUAAUAAAUCAAAAUAAAUAACACAGGUGUGUUAGCAGACAUGGAAUCUUGAGCGAAUGAUAUUGAGUGCGCAGAGUCCUGUUUAAUAGAUUUUGAUGUUUUAUGGAUCUGUACCUGUAUUGCUUUAUAGACAGUAUUUAAUUUUGUUCGAUUUCCGUUCUGAAACACUUUGAAACAUAAGUAUGUAUUAAAAAAAACCACUUGAGAUAAUGGUAAUAACUUGUACGUAAAAUAACAAAAAAUAAAAAUUACAGCGCCAUCAGGGACGAAAACCCACUCUUCAAAGCUGAAUCAGCACAAACAGCAAUCUGAGGGAAACCUGAACUAACGUUUGCUUCGAUUCCGCUUUGAAGAACCUCACAUUUACACAUCACAAGGGAGCCUUCUGUGUCUGCUUGCUGAGUCUGUUCCUUCUUGUCCCCCCUUUUUUGUGUCCAGGUCUCCCUUUUUUCACUGAAGAGCCCCAGGAUCUGGAGGUCACAGUCAACGCCCCUUUCAACCUCAGCUGCAGGGCUCAGGGCCCCCCAGAACCAGUGCGGGUGAUCUGGCUGCAAGAUAGCGCUCCCCUCAACUCCUUGAACGACCCGCAGGCCCGGACGCCUUCCACACUGGCCUUGAGAGGUGAGUCGCACAACGGAUCAUGUCUGAUUCCUCUGCUCAGGAAACUACCUUUACAAAAUGAAGUCACGUGAUCACAUCCGUCCCAUACGUCCAAAGCAAAAUAAAUCCUGGGAACUGUAGUUUGUUGAGGAUGCUGGAUGUGGUAGUUCCACGGGGCAAACUACAGUUCCCAGGACUUUACAGGAGAAGCUCUGUGCUGUCCAGGAGGUCAGCUGUCUGGGGAAAUACACAUUGGGUGUUUGGGAUUGGUCCCCUCUCAAUCUCCUCCUUGGGACCAGAGCUUUCAAAAUCCAUCUAUAGCUUUCUUCCGUCUCGAUCCACGGCUUUGUUUUGCGGCUUUGCCUUUCCAAGUGGAGUUUAAUCUUCUCAGUGCUGGGAGCCCUAAUUCCCGACAUCUGGGUUCCUGUAUGAUCUCUGUAUGUGAAGAAGCAUACUCUGUACACACUCCAUAGUUCCUUCCUUGCCUUUCCCUGGCUCUGGACCAAGGUGUUGAAAACAGUUUCAGGGCCUAGCUGAUGAGGCUCCGAUCGAGCUUUUGUUUGCUUCUCCUUUUUCUGCAUCUGAGUGGCUGAGCCAAAAAUCCCCCGUCCUUUAUUUUUCUCUCUGUUCUGCUGGCUGCAAAGAGAGAGCCCUGGUUCUCCCCGCAAGCCAGUCCCUCUCUGGCGUUAUUGAAGAGCAGGGGGCAGGAGGGAAGGGCAGUGAAUGCAGGAGAGGGACCCCUAUUCUCGCCCUCCAUUCAGCCUUGCCUUCGUGAGCGUGCCCCUUUCCCCCCUUCCCUCACGUCCUUGUUCAUUGUCUCGGGUGUCCCCCUCUCUCAAAGCCCCUCUUGUCCCCAGCCUCCAGCUUCUUUUGUUCCCUUUUCUAUGCGAGUGGCUGGUUCCCGAUGGCUCGGCUGGGGAGGGGGUUUUCCUCCGAGCGUGGGAACGGGCCCUGCAAGCCUUGCCAAAUGCCAAUUGGGCAGUGUGCGUGCGUGCAUGUGCAAGCGUGUCUCCGUCUCUUGCCGCUCACGAAAACAACGCCGACCUGUUUCGAGGGUCCAGAGUGCUUCACCUUCGUUCUCUCGGUAACCCUUACAACACCCCUGUAAGGUAGGCCAAGCGAUAGGGUGGCCAGACGCAUCUCAGCAGGUGUCGCUUGUGCGAGAAGCUGUAGCACUUGGUGAAAUGCCCUCCUCUGCAAAGAGGCAGGAGCGCUUGUCCUGCUUUUAAUACAGUGGUACCUCAGGUUACAUACGCUUCAGGUUACAGACUCCGCUAACCCAGAAAUAGUACCUCGGGUUAAGAACUUUGCUUCAGGAUGAGAACAGAAAUCGUGCUCCGGCGGCGUGGCAGCAGCGGGAGGCCCCAUUAGCUAAAGUGGUGCUUCAGGUUCAGAACCGUUUCAGGUUAAGAAUGGACCUCUAGAACGAAUUAAGUACUUAACCUGAGGUACCCACUGUAAUAAUAUUAAUAAUUUUAUUAUUUGCAUCCUGCCCAUCUGACUGGGUUUGCCCCAGCCACUCUGGGCAGCUUUCAACGAGUAUAAAAGCAUAAUAAACAUCAAACAUUAAAAACUUCCCUAUACAAGGUUGCCUUCAGAUGUCUUCUCUAAGUCGUAUAGUUAUUUAUCUCCUUGACAUCUGAUGGGAGGGCGUUCCACAGGGCGGGCGCCACUACCAAAAAGGCCCUCUGCCUGGUUCCCUGUAGCUUCACUUCUUGCAGUGGAAAUGGGUGGGCCAUGUGGAGAUCGGAUAAGUAUUUCGGGAGAGGGGAUGUUUGGAAGGUCCCCUUGUUCUUUGGCACCACAGAUGAUGGGCAGUACUGCAAGCCACUCAGAGCCGUGGAAGGUGAACCAAGAAAGGACCACAGCUCAUCCCUUUGACAUCUUUGUCGGUCUAUUUAGCAUAAUAUUGUGAACACCGGACUCCUCCAGGCUACCUAUUUAUUAAGCAUUCGUUCUGAUUUGCAUGGGACAUGGGUGGCGCUAUGGGUUAAACCACAGAGCCUAGGACUUGCUGAUCAGAAGGUCAGCGGUUCAAAUCCCCGCAAGGGGGUGAGCUCCCGUUGCUCAGUCCCUGCUCCUGCCAACCUAGCAGUUCGAAAGCAUGUCAAAGUGCAAGUAGAUAAAUAGGUACCGCUCUGGCUGGAAGGGAAACGGCGUUUCCGUGCGCUGCUCUGGUUCGCCAGAAGCGGCUUAGUCAUGCUGGCCACAUGACCCGGAAGCCCAAUAAAGCGAGAUGAGCGCUGCAACCCCAGAGUCGGCCACUACUGGACCUAAUGGUCAGGGGUCCCUUUACCUGAUUUGCUUGCACAAAUCUUAUGUGGAGAUUGUACCACAUCCUGUCUUAUUGAGCAUUCAUUCUUAAAAAAAAGAAGGCAAUAAACAUUUGACCCCAAUUUGCUCUGAUUUGCUUGCGGGACGUUUAUACAGUUUCCUGUUUCUCAUUUGUCCACCCCACACUUCUCGCUGCAUUUUCCUAGCCUCAGGAAGUCUCAGGAAGUGGAUUUGUUGUGCUGAGGUGACAGAGUGUUUUAACCCUGGCGGGCCCAAAUUUCCCAGCAUGCAUUUGAAUCCCUCCUGAAAAAUGCUGACGGGAGAGUCUUUCCUAUCCUCUCUGGGCCACUUGGAGAUCCUGACCCAGCCUGCUGGCCGAUGGCCUACUCUGUUUGCCCCAGAACAGUUUGGGGGGCUUCCCAGAAUCCUUGCCGCUGGGCCUUUCUGCCGAAGGCCACCGGCUGAUUAGCUGAAGCCAGCCACAGCUAUUUUCCUUUUCUUGCUUUUUAUUUUUAUUUUUUGCUGAUUUGGCAGUUGCGUGGGGUUGCGAGCCUCAAACCAGACGCCUGGGUAAGAGGAAGUGGGUGUGAAGGGCUUCUUUGGCCAAAGGGCAUCUCUUGCUGCUCCUCGAAUAGAAACCAAAAUCUUGGCAGCAAGAGUCUCCUUGCGGCCGUAGCCCUAAGCACACGGGAUGCUGGAAGCAACCCCCCCUUGAGCCCGGUGGGACUUCCAUGCGUAGGACGGAGAUUUCCGCCAGAAUCUGUUCUUGCCUGGGAGUGUAGUCUAUGCCAUGCAGCUUAUUCAGACGCAGGGUGGGUUGGAGGCAAAGGAGUAGUGCAAACGGCAAGACGCAGCUCCCAUGUGUCUUUGCCAUAUUAUUGCAUGGAAGAGCUUGGGGAAAAUACCCGCAAGACAACCGAGCAAGACUGGAAGGGUCUGGGAACCUGAGGCUGGUGCAAUAGACCCUCCUGCGUAGGCCUCUGAUGGUUGUUUCAGAGAGAAGGACACAUGCUUUGAAUGCAGAAGGUCCUAGGUGGAAGGCAGCCCUGUUUAGGGAAGCUUUUAAUGUUUGAUGCAUUACUGUACAGUGGUACCUCGGGUUAAGCACUUAAUUCGUUCCGGAGGUCUGUACUUAACCUGAAACUGUUCUUAACCUGAAGCACCACUUUAGCCAAUGGGGCCUCCUGCUGCUGCCGCGCCGCCAGAGCACGAUUUCUGUUCUCAUCCUGAAGCAAAGUUCUUAACCUGAAGCACUAUUUCUGGGUUAGCGGAGUCUGUAACCUGAAGCGUAUGUAACCCGAGGUACCACUGUAUUUUAAUAUUUGGUUGGAAGCCGCCCAGAGUGGCUGAGGAAGCCCAGCCAGAUGGGUGGGGUAUUAAUAAUAAUAAUAAUAAUAAUAAUAAUAAUAAAUGCCUGGCUUCUGUAACACCCAAGCUGUAACUCACUGCCCUGAAAAUCCACCCACCGUCGUCUUGCUUCUGGCUGCAGGCUUUCCCCUCUUUUUCGCAUUAGCUUGGGCCUGACUCUUGAAAGGAUGUCAGCCAAACGCCUCCUGUAAUAAAAGAGGGGAAAAAGGGAGGGGGGUUGCUGUGCUCCCUUUGGGGUUCAAAUAACAAAACAAAACCCUGAUCUGCAGCUCGUGUUUCUUGUUUCUUUUUUCAUCCCGGUUUUUAAAAUGGUGUUGCUCCACGAUCCAUAUCUAUCCUGUGGCUGUCCUGUCAUAGAAUCAUAGACUUGUACAGUUGGAAGGGACCCGAGGGUCAUCUAGUCCAACCCCCUGCAAUGCAGGAAUCUCAGCUAAAGCAUCCAUGACAGACAGCCGUCCAAACUCUGCUUAGAAACCACCAAGGAAGGAGAGUCCACAACCUCCUGAGGGAGAGCCGUUCCACUGUCAAACAUCUCUUGCUGCCAGAAAGUCCUUCCUGAUGUUUAGUCGGAAUCGCCUUCCUUGAAGCCAUGGGUUCGAGUCCUACCCCCUAGAGCUUGAAAUGCUUCAUUUUGACAUCUCUCCCUCUGCCUCUUACUGACGCACCACCAGCUUCAAUCCAUAUUUAGAAAAGGAGCGGCCGAGCGGUCAUUUUAAGGAGGUUGUGUGGACAAGGCCCAAGCCAGCAGCAGGCGAAGCGUUUCCCCUGAAACAUCUGGAGGGUAUUAGUGGCUGUGCAAAACAUUUUGGGGGGGGAGGUGACAGAUUAGCAGCAGCUAUGCACACAUUUCUUUUGCCCUGUUGUGGUUACCUGGGGUCAAAAUUGUUCUUCUGGGUUUUGAAAAGAGAACGAGAGGAGGGGGUUUGCCCCUCUGGCCUGUUUGACCAGAGGCAACAAUGGCACGAAAACCCCCUGUUUCCGCUCCCUGUGGGAAGAUAGAAGCAUUGUGUCUCUCCAAGCACUUUCAGUUCUCUUAAAAACUUUUGCCCUCCCAUGUUCACACACUGCCCUUUGUCGUGCUCUUCCCUUCCUCCUCUCCCCUCAGAGCUGAGGUAAAAACCAGCCAUUCCAGUGUCUUGAAUAGUGUUCCUCUACUCUGCGCGUGUUUUGCCUCGCCCCACAUACCUGCCGUGCCUCUUAUUUCUCUUAUUGCUCAUUUGGCCUAGCCAUGGCACGCAGUGAGUCAGGGAAGGGGAAUUCUGGGCAGGAGGUGACAUGCAUCUGAGUCACGAGCCAGGAUCCGGAUGCCGCUGCAGGAAGCCUGCCAGGGGAGCAUUUGGACGAGGGGCCCUGAAUGGGCAGAUGUGGGGCCCAGGCAGUGACUGAAAGACAGCUGGAAAAGGAUGAAGGCUUUGAUACCUCUGAUUUAGACCACUGGUAUUCAAGAGCCUGGCAAAUGGCCCUUUCUGAGGAGAUUUCUCAUGGACGAAAAAUAUCCAGUGGACCUAGUGACCGAUUUUUUGCAAUGGUGUGAUUGCCUUUCGCUUACUGGUGAGGAAGCACGUGGCCGGAUUGGUCCCUGUUGGCUUAUAGCACCGUUUGGGUCGUGUCUGAAACACAACCGCUUCCAUCUGCAAUUAAAUUUUUAGCGGGACAAAUGGGAAAACGAAAGUGCAGGGAGACACCGUUUUAUUUAUUUGGCAAGCCUGCGCACUUCUACCUGUCUUUCCUUUUGAGCUUAAUUAUUUCGAUAAGGAAAUAUUGCAGCUCUUUUCUUCCCCCGCUUGUAGAUUCCCCCGCUGCGUAGAUUAUUUCUUUCUUCCCGGAAGUCCUGUCCUCACCAAAGGGACAUGCGUCCACCAGACGGUGCAUCCUUCCCAAAUCUGGGUGAUUGGGUGACCUUUCAUGUGGCAAUGAGGGAUUUUCUUGGAGAGGAGGUUUGCCAUAAGUUGGUGCGUGCAAAAGAGAGGAGAGUGAUGCAAAAGGUUGAGAAAUGUGCAGGCAAAGGGAGUGUGACCCGGGGAAUGGAGGAAGUUGGAUGAGGCAGGGGUGGCUAUGCAUGUCAGAGGUGAGUGCCUGUCCGUGAAACGAAAGAUGCAUUUGCGGACAGCCCAGGGUAGAGGAGCAUUUAAGCAGAUGCUGCUUUUAUCUCUUCGGUGUGGAACGAAAGUGAUGUUAAAGGCACAAGGCCAGGGUUAUUUCUGACCAUGUGGUAGGCCCACCUGAACACAAGAGCGUCGAAAAUGUGCUCUUUGAUUGUGCAGAAUGGCUCGCUUGAGGGUUCUUGUACUGCCCAGCACUUGGUGGUAUUUGGGUCAUACCCUGCCAGGACAGACAGACGGACAAUAUUGCCAUUUGAAAUGUGGGCAGAUGAGAGGGAGGAAAAGAGACUCAGUGCAGACCUCUCUGGGAAGUGAAAUGGCGUGAGAAUCAUCGAAUUUUAGAGUCGGAAGGGAUUCUAAGGGUCAUCUAGCCCAACCCCUGCAAUGCAGGAAUCUUAACUAAGCAGAGAUACAGAAUCUGUGGCCCUCCCAAUGCAACCACUACUGCUCCAAUCAUCCCUAACCAUUGGUCAUGCUGGCUGGGAAUGAUGGGUGUUGGAGUCCACCAGAAUCUGGAAGGUGCCACGGUGACUACCUCUGUGCAUUCUUCCCCAAGCCUUUGGGGAAAUGCUAGUGAACCGCACAUUUCCCUGCUACAGGCUAUUCCCCAUUGUUGCAGUUGGUGAUAAAUUGCAUUCUUGAUAGGCAGGGGAUCGUCUUCCUCUGAUUCCAGAGAGGAAGGGAGGGUUUCUGAAAUGUAGGAAGGCUGCACAUUAUCACAUUUGUUCAAGAAAUGUUGGUCAGAAAUAGAAGCGGCCUGCAUAAUCUCAGGGUUAAAGAAGUAGUUGUGCACCAGCUUCACACGAGAGUUUGGGUUUUGUGGUGUUGCUUUUGCUGUUUGGACAGAGGAAAAGGGGAAACAGGCCAUUAAAAGCUGGAGAUUCCCUCUGUUAUUUGCCGAAGGAGGUUAAUAAGGGGAAUGUGGAUUCCAUCUACCAUACAGUGGGAAUCCCGUGACAAAUCUAGUGAUUAGCUGUAGGAAAAAGAGAUACAGUGCAACCGAAACAUAUCUUUUAUGUAGGUAAAGUAAAGGUAAGGGUAAGGUAAAGAACCCCUGUACGGUUAAGUCCAGUCAAAGGUGACUAUGGGGUUGUGGCGCUCAUCUUGCUUUCAGGCUGAGAGAGCUGGGCGUUUGUCCACAGACAGCUUUCCUAGUCAUGUGGCGGAAACCAGAGCGUCUUUUAUGUAAACCAGUCUGGCUAGCCUAGCGAAGAGCAAAUCUGUUAAACGACAAAAGGUGCUGCUGCUGCUGCUGAUGAUGAUGAAGAAGAAGAAGAGUUUGGAUUUGAUAUCUCGCUUUAUCACUACCUAAAGGAGUCUCAAAGCAGCUAACAUUCUCCUUUCCCUUCCUCCCCCACAACAAACACUCUGUGAGGUGAGUGGGGCUGAGAGACUUCAAAGAAGUGUGACUGGCCCAAGGUCACCCAGCAGCUGCAUGUGGAGGAGCGGGGAAGCGAACCCGGUUCAACAGAUUACGAGUCUACCGCUCUUAACCACUACACCACACUGGCUCUCUGAUGGGCCAUCUGAGAGGAAUCCUUGGGCCUGGGAAAAUGGAUGUUGCCAAGGUGAAUGGGGUAUGUAUUUGAAGUGACAGGAGAAGAGAGAUUUUGAGCAAGGUGUUCUGAAAAGAAUAAGAAGGAAGACUGGGGUCCAUCUUGGGCAGGUUGGCUGCAGGCUGGCUAGGAGAGAUGCCUUGGACUGCAUGGCUUCACUCCUGUGAGGGACAAGCCCCUCUUGAAAGGACCAUCCUGUAAGAUUUGGACUCCCUCCAUGCAGACUGAAUGUGAUGGCCUGGGAAUCUGAUUCAGAGGCUGAACCGGAGGAAUCCCAGCCUGCACAGGAGUCCCUGCCUCCAGGGCCGCCUGACCUGGGGCAGGGCCUUGAUUCUGAAGCGCCUGCACCUGUGCCGGAUCCUCAGGAGCAGGCACCAGGUGAAUCCACUCGGGCUCCGGAGGUGGUUGAGGACACAGUGCCUACAGGAGCGCCUCUCCCAGCCCUGUCAGGGGAAGGUGAGUCUCCCCCUGGGUCCAGUAACCCUCCAGCCUCUCCUGAGCUGCAGAGGCUUGGGGCAGAGAGGCGGAGGAAACUGGUUUCUCCCAGGAGGAGUGCUCGCCUUAAGGCCAGGAGAGGCAGGUCUCCUGGGGGCCGGGACCGCCCCUGGCCUCAGAGAAGAUAAAGGCCAGUCAGCCCGGUCCCAGGUUGCGGGAGCAACGUCGUUGAAGAGCUGUUUCGGCCAGCACCCAGUCCUGUUCCUCCAGAGUUCCUGUCCUUGCCCGGCUCCUCGCUUUGGACCCUGCUUCGCCCGUGGAGGACUGUCUGCUGACCCUCGACUCAGGUCCUGGACCUCGCCCCACGGUAACCUCCCCCCGGGACCAGCACACUGAAGGUGUGAAUAAACCAUAUUUCUCAAAGCUACAACAGUCUCCGCCAUGUCUCAAUUCUCCAAAGGAACACAGGCCGUGGGUGAAUGCCUGGAGCCCCUGGGCUCUUGCCACCAUUCGGCAGAGAGAGGAGGCAGCGGAACCCAGCUUUUGUAACAGUACACAUCCAAACAUAUUGGGCAGUUGCGCUAAUGUUGUCUGGGGAGUAGCCUAAGCCUGUCUUUCCUGCUCGCUUCCUUACUCAGCAUGCAAUUUGUCAAUAGUCUCUCCAGAAUGAUGUCUGUGGUCUCUCUGCAGAAGGAAGCUACUGCAAUAAAAGGAUGCCCAAGAACUAUAAAAGUGGAGGUCACAAGGCAAGAGGGAGGCACAUGCCAUGUGCAAGAACAAAACCGCACAAUGCACUUCUCCAAAAGAGUGCGGUCCUCUUGCUUCAGCGCUGCCACAUCAAUCCUAUGGGUCCACCUGCAAAGGACUAUGAGAGAGAGAGAGAGAGAAAGAAGAAGCAUCUCUUUCCACCCACGUUUGCAAGUACAGUGUGCAUGCUGUUUCAUGUCCUUGUCUGGCAUGCAAGGAGGACCUCGGAGGCAGGUGGGCUGUGGGCAGGCCGGGAAGAGCCUGGCUGGAAACCAGAAAAUCCGAAAGCUCAGAGGAAGUAAUUGCCACAACGGCUAGAUCUGUUGUCCCAUGCACAGGGAUGGCAGCCCUCUGUAUAACAGGUGCUGGGGACAGACAAUAAAGAGCCCUCCUACAUGCUUUUCUUGAAAAAUUCCUGGGCUAUGGAUUCAUUAGUGGCUUAAAACACCAGAAGGUUGCCUCAGCCCCAAGUAAAAGGUAAAGGGACCCCUGACCAUUAGGUCCAGUUGUGGCCGACUCUGGGGUUGCGGUGCUCAUCUUGCUUUAUUGGGUGAGGGAGCCGGCGUACAGCUUCUGGGUCAUGUGGCCAGCAUGACUAAGCCACUUCUGGCGAACCAGAGCAGCGCAUGGACGUGCUUUUGAACUGCUAGGUUGGCAGGAGCGGGAACCGAGCAACGGGAGUGCACCCCAUCGCAGGGAUUUGAACCACCAACCUUCUGAUCAGCAAGCCCUAGGCUCUGUGGUUUAACCCACAGCGCCACCUGCAUCCCUCGGCCCCAAGUACCAGGGUUCAAAUCCUUGCUCAGCCAUGAGAUGCCUGAUUAUCCUCUUCCAAAGCAACUACUCCAUUCCAAACUUUAAAAUGGUAAGCGUAAUGCUGAUGGUCAACAAAAGAGGUUUAAAGACUCUCUCAAGGCUAAUCUGAAAAAAAAAAAGUAGUAUAAACAUUGACAACAGGGAAACACUGGCCUGCGAGCGCUCCAAUUGGAGAACAGCCUUCACCAAAGGCGUCAUAGAUUUUGAAAUAUAUUUUAAAAAAAUUUAAAAUUGUCCAGUAGCACCUUAGAGACCAACUAAGUUUGUUCUUGGUACAGUGGUACCUCGGGUUACAUACGCUUCAGGUUACAGACUCCGCUAACCCAGAAAUAGUACCUCAGGUUAAGAACUUUGCUUCAGGAUGAGAACAGAAAUCGCACGGCGGCGGCGCAGCAGCAGCGGGAGGCCCCAUUAUCUAAAGUGGUGCUUCAGGUUAAGAACAGUUUCAGAUUAAGAACGGACCUCUGGAACGAAUUAAGUACAUAACCAGAGGUACCACUGUAUAAGCUUUCGUGUGCAUGCACACUUCUUCAGAUAGAUUUUGAAGACGCUCAAACUCAGGACGAAAGGGAGAAACGUGCGAAGAGGAAGGCACGCUUGGCAAACCCUCACUGUGAUCAAUUCCAGUUGGGACCCAUGUCCCAAUUGGAAGGAUGUGUGGAUCCAGAAUUGGCCUCCACAGUCACAUGGACUCACUGUUAAAACCAUGUUCAUGGAAGACAAUCUUACUUGGCCAUGAAGAAUCGCCAAAGAAUAAGAAGACGAGAGAGCCAUGAAACUCACUUUGAGUGUCCUUGGGCCAGUCACUGCCUCUCAGCCCAACGCACCUCGCUAGGUUCUUGUAGCGAUUAAAGAAGGAGAGCAGGGAGACAACCAUGUACACUGUGGUUGAGCUCCUUGGAGGAAGAAAAAGUAGGAUAUAAAUGCAAUAAAUAAAGAAAUAACCAACUGCAGAGGGCACCAAGCUCGAGGGAAGGGUGUCCUCACCAGACCCUUCUUACGGCAGCGAAGAGACCGAAAUAGUUAAAUCAUUUAGUUAAAUUGUCUUGAAGAGAAACUGCUGGGUGGAAAUAAAACAAGGCCAAAUGUGACGUGCUAGAAAGGGAGUGAGCGAGCUAUGUUGCAGAUAAGAAAGCUUUUGGAGACAUCCGGAGAUGGAGGAUGCAGCAAAUCUUGCUGUAGGAGUUUCAGAGACAAUUGCAGAUUAAGCACUUAGGCGGGAGACCAUGGAAGAGAGAAUUUUGGGGGGUGAAGUCGAACUGCUUGAAGGCUGUAGCACCUGCUGUGACCGUAGAGACCGAAGAAGGAGAGACAUGUUUGGUUGCAGCCGGGGCAGAUGAAGGCGUCCGGUUAUGCUGCUGCAGAUUCACCAUGGCGUUUCUGCUCUCUGCGCUCCUCCUAGGAGACGGGAGGAUGCGGCAAAUUAUGCUGCAGAAGCUUCGGAGAGAAUGACGGAUUAAGCACUUGUGCCUUAUGAUGUAAAAUGGGAUAACGACAAAAGGGACUGAUUGCACGCUAAUUGUCCAAAGCUGUGAACCGCUACCGUAUUUUUUGCUCUAUAAGACUCACUUUUUCCCUCCUAAAAAGUAAGGGGAAAUGUGUGUGCGUCUUAUGGAGCGAAUGCAGGCUGCGCAGCUAUCACAGAAGCCAGAACAGCAAGAGCGAUUGCUGCUUUCACUGCACAGCCUUCCCUCUUGCUGUUCUGGCUUCUGAGAUUCAGAAUAUUUUUUUUUCUUGUUUUCCUCCUCCAAAAACUAGGUGUGUAUUGUGGUCUGGUGCGUCUUAUAGAGCGAAAAAUACAGUAAUUUAAGAAGGCUAUUGAUAAACUAGAAUAUGUGCAGAGGAGGGCAACCGAGAUGAUCGAGGGUCUAGAAACCAAGCCUUAUGAGGAACAGUCGAGGGAGUUGGGUGUGUUUAGCCUGGAGAAGAGGAAACUGAGAGGAGCUAGAAUAGCCGUCUUCCACUAGCUAAAGGGUUUUCACACAGACGAUGGAGCAAGCUUGUUUUCUCUCUCUCCAGAGGGUAGUCCCCAAACAACAGCUUCACGUUACAAGAAAGGAGAUUCCAACUAAACAUCAGAAAUAGCUUUCUGACGGGAAGAGCUGUUCAAUAGUGGAAGUUUGUGGUCUCUCCUUCCUUGGAGGUUUUUAAGCAGCGGUUGGGUGGCCAUCUGUCAGGGAUGCUUUAGCUGAGAUUCCUGCAUUGCAGGGGGUUGGACUAGAUGACCCUUGGGGUCCCUUCCAACACUACAACUCUAUGAUUCUAUAUUUGCAUCCUUCAUAGUGACUUCCGCAUCGGGGUUGCUACCUUGUGCGUAUGAAUAAAUGCAUUUGAUUCGUUUCCUGGUUAUUAGUGGCCUCUGGUAAGGGAACCUAGGUACAGUCGUACAACCUUGGAAGUCAAAUGGAAUCCGUUCAGGAAGUCCUUUCGACUUCCAAAACGUUCGAAAACCAAAUUGCACCUUCUGAUUGGCUGCAGGAAGAUCCUGCAGCCAAUCGGAAGCCUCGGAAACCCCGUUGGACUUUCGGAUUCCAAAAGAACAUUUACAAACCGGAACAAUCAUUUCCGGGUUUGCGGCGUUCGAGAGCCAAAAUGUCCGAGUUCCAAGGCGUUCGGGAUCCAAGGCAUUCGGGAUCCCCUCCAACAAGGGGCAAGCUUGUUCUCUGAUUCCUGGUUGCCUCUGUGAACUCCACAGAGCUUCUCGCCUGUGAGGCUUUGCAUUAAUGUGGAACGAAGUGGGUGCUUCCGUACAGAUCUCCCUGGCUGCUCCUUUCCUGCCAAUGCCAUCUGUUUAUGCAGUUGCCCACUGGCUGACUCAGCCCUUGCAGGAAUGAUGUGGUCGGAGAGCAGCAUCAACCACCGUGAGGGGGCUGGCCGUUGUUCACCCGCGCUCUCUUUGCCUCUUGUCUGCGGUACUUGGCCCUUAGCCUUUGCCUCUCCACAGGGAUGUCAGGACCGCCAAGCAGGUGGUCUGCCGGCAUUGGAUUUUUACAUCUUCCCUCCCCCCUUAAAUGCCAUCAGUUGGUCCAGGUGACAGCUUCCGGGUGCCCACCGGCUGACUCAGUCCUUACAGGAAUGGCGCGGUCAGAAAAUAGCACCUGUUGUUGCGUGGGAGAGAGGGUUAAAUCUGGGCCCUUCGCCAAAUCCCAGUAACAAUGGUGUGUUCAAAGUGCAGUGACUCUUGGUUGCCGUCAGGGAUCUGAAAGCUUUCAUUCAGCCAGCGGAUUUCGUCCUCGGUGGGGUCUGUGUGCGUACAUCAUGUUCGCUCGCCAUAGUACUUCACAAAAAUGCAAUGGGACGCACACACUUCACUGCUGUGACGGAGCUUGCGGCAUGGAAUGCUGUUGCAAAAGAGGCAGAGGAACCUAUUGGCUAGUGACUGUGUCAUCGCUAAUGGCAAACUCCUCCUCCUUGCAUCAUGCUUGUGCCUUUACGUGCUUUGAAAGAAACACACACAUACAUCUAUUUUUUAAAAAAAAUCUUUAGAGCCAGGGUCCCCAAUAUGGUUCCCAUGGAAACUAUGUCACUCUCAGGCAUUGCCCUUACUUAGCACCUAGCAAGGUUUCUCACUCCUUCCAUUUUUAAAAAAUAGCUUGGAAUUUGUUUUGGAUUUUUUCUUAUUUAGUUGUGGGUUGCCUGCUUUUUAUGCCUGUCCUGUGUUUUAUUUAUUUAUUUAUUUAUUUAUUUGUGUGAGAGAGGGGGGGUGGGGAGAGAGGGAGCGAGAGAUAGGUGCCAACUCCCUGGGGCCCUGGGUGCCCAAGCACCCACAAAAUUAUCCAUGAAGGGGCUGGGCACACUGUAUGGCACCCACAGCCCUGAGCACCCACAGUUGCGAGGCCAAGCUGGCACUCCUGCUGUGUGUGUAUGUGUAGGUACAUUGUUAAGAGCCUCGGACAUAAGAUCACCAGGCUGAUGGACUUUAUGGAGCUGACGGAAAGGACUGGCAGAAUCCGAAACCUGGGAGAGGAGAUGGUGGAAUAAGAUUGGAAAAUUUAAAGUUUAUAUAUAGACUUAUGGUAAAACUAAUGAGUGAUAGAAAAAUGGUGGAAUGAUUUUUUUUUAAUUAUUAUUAUUAUUAUUAUUUUAUGGGCUUAGCAGAAAUGUUAUAAGGAGUUAAGCAUAUAUAAGUAUUUUAGUUUUAAUGGAAAAUAAGGUUAAAAAAUACGUUAUUUACAAUAUUACAGAAAAUGGAGAAAGAUGGCAAGGAUUUGCUGAAACAAUUAAUAGAAGUGGAAUACAAAAAGGGAGGUGAGAGGAGGUUGAGGAAACAAGGGAAUGAAAGAUAGAGUAUGGAAAAGAGAUGAUGUAUGUUUUUAAAUUGUUUUUGUUUUGUUUCAUUUAGGGUUAAGGUUAGGGAGUGGGGUUUGUUUAGUUUAGUUUAAUGUGUUUAGUUUUGAGUUUAGGGUGUGCUUUGUAUUGUCUAUAUAUUGUAUUGUAUUGUUUUUUUCUUUUUGCUUUUCUCUUUUGUUUUUCCCCCCUGUUUUUUCUUUCUUGUUCUUUUUCUCUUUUUUUAAUCUAUAAAAGUAAUAAAUAUUAUUUAAAAAAAAUAUGUGUAGGUACGUUGCCUGCUUUCUUUACAGAGGGAGCAUUGCCAGUUUUUCUUCUGUGAAAUUGUUGUUUUGUGGUUUCUUACCAAAGUUCCUUAGAUUCCCAAAUGGGAUCUUUUGCUUUUGCAAAAGAUGGGGAUCUCUAUCACAUGUGGUGGGAGUGUGAAAGGAUGAAAAAGUUCUGGGAUUUAAUAUAUAAUGAACUGAAGCAACUUUUUAAGUAUACAUUCCCGAAAAAACCGGAAGCUUUAUUAUUAGGGAUUAUAGGGGAGGAAGUAAAAAAGGAGGACCAUAAAUUAUUCCAGUAUGCUACUGCAGCAGCUAGAAUACUUGUGGCGCAAAAAUGGAAAUUACAGGAGACCCCAACGAUAAUGGAAUGGUAGGCCAAACUUUUUGAGUAUACAGAAUUAGCUAAAAUGACUUACAGAAUUCGAGACCAAAAAGGGACAAAGUUUGAAGAAGAGUGAGGUAAAUUUGUGGCAUAUAUAAGAACUAACUGUAGAAGUUUAAAAACUAUAGCAGGGUUAACAUAAAUCCUGUGAUGUGUAUAGAAGGUGAAUAAGAAUCUACAAUAGAAGAUAUAUAUGAAGAAAACCAAAGCGGGAAGGAAGGAAGUCUGGGCGUGAAUAGAUGCAGUGUAAAUAAGAUGACAUAAAAUGAUGACUGUAAAAUAUUGUUUUAUUUUGUUUUAUUUUUGUUUGUGAAAAACUGAAUAAAAAGCAUUUAAAAAAAAGAUUCCCAAAUGGGAUCCCAGGCCCAAAAAAGGUGGUGAGAGAUCCUUGCUUUAAAGACUGAGCACUUCCCCAGCUCCUCUGAAAAUGACAGUGUUGGACUAGGACCCAAGAGACCGGGAUUCAAAUCCCCGAUCUCACUGGGUGACCUUGGGCCAGUCACUGCCUCUCAGCCUGGCUGGGUUGUGUGAGGAUAAAAUGGGGAGGAAGAGAACCAAUGUGUGCCACCAUGAGAUCCUUGAAGGAGAAGGUGGGAGAUAAAUGUGAUUUUUAAAAAACAAAUCUUUCCUUAAUGAAUGUAUGUAUGAAUGACUAUAGCCCUUUAAACACAACCAAAAACUGCAGCAGUAUCACCAUAAUUUCACUUUUGGACAAAAUAUUACUUUAGACCUGUGCACUGUUUGGUUUUGCUUGCUUCUUUACAUUUAUUUUUUAAAUUAUAUGCCUUUUACUGUUACAAAUCUCUAAGGGAUUUACAAGUGGAAUUAUUGAGAAAAGCGGUUGAAAACAAGCGAUUUAAAACGUCUAAAAAGAAACGAAACCAGCGAUAAACUAACAAGAGGAGCUUAGUUGUAAAGGAGCUUACAGGGAGUUUGAUAGUAAGGCAAAUCGAAGCCAACAAGCUGUGAAGGCCAAUUAAACACAGUUAGCAUGUGCAUAGAUACUGACCUCAUUCACAUAUUUGUUUUGGCAUCUGUCUGUCUCGAGAGACAGGUGGGUGUGAAGCCAAACCACUGCGUUAGCAGUACCAAAGUGGCCUCCCAGGGGCGCAAUCCCGGGCAGUGCGCAUGGAGGUCCUGGGCUGCCCCAAUGACAAGACCCCCUUUCUCGGCCUCACUGAUGUGGUCCAAAGGAAAACAGCAAGAUGUUUGGCACCAGCUUGGCUGCAGGAGCUGCCAAAAGGAAGCAUACAAGACACCAUCCAACCGCCUUAGGGACUCCACUCCACAUUUGUGUAGGGUUUACUCCGUAGCCUUUUUCUUCUCCCAAAGAUAUCCCACAAGGCAGCGGAUGUUUAGGACCGGAGUUUUGCUCCUAGAUGGGCCACCUUUCCAAGUAGCUCACCUUACCCUCACUUCCCUCUACGACACGUGCAGAUGGAUGGGGAGGAGGAAACCAUUCCAUUGCAGGGAGAGAAAACCUUUCUCCAAUGGAAGGUUUUCCUCAGCCCAACUGUUAUGUACUGAGUUGAAUAGGACCCGCAAGGCAGCAGUCUGAUUGGUCCUAGAACAAUAGGAUUCAGAAUGCAGCAGUCUGAUUGGUCCUAGAACAAUAGGAUCCAGAAUGCAGCAGUCUGAUUGGUCUACUGGAGCCACCCAAUCCAGCUCCAGGUGCAAGGGAAUCCACAACUAGAUUGGCCUACAGGAGAAUCCCGGAAUUAGCCAAUCACGUGGGGCCCACCAUGUAAAUAAUGUAUAUAAAGCAGAAAUUCUGGGGGAACUUCCAUUCCUCCUCACCACUAUGAGCUGAAUAAAGAGCAUGAAAUCCACUCCCGACUCUGAGUAUAUUUCACCAACCCACUGUAAUCGGGUGACCUGCGUGUGCCAGCUUAAUCUGCUGCCCCUGGGCUGUUGAAGGGAAGCUCCUCUCAGUUCUUAUCCCUGCUGCCUCUCAGUUCUUACCCUUUUUUAAUCUUUAAUCCAGAACUGGAUCAAGCAGACCUUUAUCCGGAGGGCUCCCUGUGGCCGUCCUGAUGGCAACUGAAGCCAGCCCCUGUUUCUUGCAGUAGCGCCUGCUCCAGCCACCCUUUUCCCUAAUCAGGAUAAACGAACCCAGGAGUCCUGGCUCGAGAGACCAGCCAAAGCACAGAAACGGGGCCAAGGCUUGGAGCUUGGAACCAGACAUGAGGAAACCCAAACCACAGACGGGUGGGCGGAAGGAACAGGACAUACCAGCUGGGACAGAGGACUGGUCCCCAGAUGUUGUUUCUUUGGGGUAGAGGGGAGGGUGGCAGGAAGGGACCUGGAGGAGGACAAAAGUCUGGCUUUUGUUUUCUUAUGUCCGUUUGUUUUCUAACGUUUAUGCCCUGCCUUUUCUUCCGUCACGGAACCUGAGGCCAUUCAGUUCCCAGGAGGACACAGGAAGCCAGACCACAGUCCAUCUAGCUCAGCCUUGUCUAGCUCUCUGCUCCUCAGCCUUGGGUCACCAGAUGUGGAGGAACAACUCACCCCCAGCCAUUGGUCCCAAGGUUGAAGAAUAUUGGGAGUAUUGGCAGCUCCCCAGGAUUUUAGAUGAGGAUCUCUCUCUGUCUCCCAGCCCUACAUGGCUGAACCUGGGACCUCCUGAAUGUUGUUAUUUAAUAUUGUUUACUCUUUAAAAAGCACACCCUGCUUUUCCCUUCCGUAAAGGAGAUGCUCAGAGCACCUUACAAAUGAAGGUAAAGGUAAAGGGUCUCCUGACCAUUAGGUCCAGUCGUGACCGACUCUGGGGUUGCGGCGCUCAUCUCGCUUUAUUGGCCAAGGGAGCCGGCGUACAGCUUCCGGGUCAUGUGGCCAGCAUGACUAAGCCGCUUCUGGCGAACCAGAGCAGUGCACAGAAAUGCCGUUUACCUUCCUGCCGGAGCGGUAUCUAUUUAUCUACUUGCACUUUGACGUGCUUUUGAACUGCUAGGUUGGCAGGAGCAGGGACCAAGCAACAGGAGCUCACCCCGUUGCGGGGAUUCGAACCGCCGACCUUCUGAUUGGCAAGCCUUAGGCUCUGUGGUUUAACAGCGCCACCUGCGUCCCUUACAAAUGAAACACACGUGUAAAAGCCACAUAAACCCAAGCACCAUAUGCAAGUCAGUUUAAUUAGCAGAGGUGCUAAUUUCAAUGUAAGUAAGGUGACAUUUUAUUCACCCGGGAUUAAAUAAUUAUUCUGAAUAAUAAUGUUUGCUUUGUGCGUGGGGACUUUGGGCAAUGGAGUAUUUUAUUCUUUUGAUAAAUUAUUAUUAAUAAUAAAAGCGUUGCAGGGUUUUUUUGGGGGGGGUUGAUGUUUCAUGCUGGAAAUCUGUAAUAACAGCCCAGAAUAGCCCCCAAUCUCAUUUCCCUGAUUUUUCUUUGCCUGUAAUUUGAAACUGGAGAGAGCGGGGUGAGUUUGAGGUGCUGUUGUACAUUACUCUUGAGAAGUCCACAGUGUGUUCUUGAGAAGUACCCAGAAUGUCAUGCUAGGUGUGGAAUAUAUGAGUUUAUUCUGGAGCUCAAAUAACAGGAGAGGAGGUCCUGCCUUGGUGGAUUUUAUUAAGGGACCUCAACACACAAAUGGUACUAACACCUCUCACUCCCUCCAUAGUUUGAACAUGGGCUUACUCUUCCUGUUCCCCUAUAAUUUAUCUGGUUAACGACUCAGUCUCCUUUCCAGAUCUGUAAAAUGGGAAGAUUAGCUACUUUACAGGGAUGCUGGAUUUGCAAGGCAAAAACUGAGAGGUCCUGAGUACUGCCUUGUGGAGUAGAGGGUGAGACUUGGGCCUGGGAGAGAGAGAUUUAAGUCUCCGCUCAGUCUUAAAUUCACCUGGCGACCUAGGUUAUAAAUAAUGAACAUGCAGCGCUCUGUAAGCUUGGGAGCGCAAAUGACUUCACAAAAACACUGCGAAGAUUCAUGAGCUUAGGAACGUAAAAUCACCUUAGACCUAAAAACGGAACAGAUAUGCUAAUAAUCAUUGUGUUUUAAAACAAGGUUGCUGUGGAUAAUGACUAAAUAUAUCUACUUUUGUGCCUCCUUUCGUCUCUCAGGUCUGAAUCACAGCGCAUCAUUCUCAUGCGAGGCCCACAACGAUAAGGGGGUGGGCACAUCUCGGACUGCAAAGGUGACAGGUGAGAGGAUGGGUUGUGGGGUGCAUUCCUAGAGCAAAUGGAGACCUUUGCCAACGCCGCAGCACAACUGCUUUAGGUACACUGUGAGGGUGAAGCUAAAUGCAUAUUUGGAUUUAACACGGAAGUUUUUAACAAUGCAAACGCUGUCAGCUGGUGAGUGUGAUAAUUAAUGGGAUCUGUGCAGGCACAGAGGGGAAAUUCCUCCCCCUGCUGCAAUUCUGGAGGAAAGCCCCAUUUACGAAGCUAGGUUUUUUUGCUUAGGGAGAAAAUCUUAUCAAUUGCUCCAAGGCAGCGAGGGCGUCUGGGAGAAUUCAACCCCAGUGAAUAUACUCGCUUCAGAGGAGGAAUGUUCAUCAGGACCACAGGAGAGGAGGAAAGGGAAGGUGUCCACACACACACACACACACACACAGCCUCCUACACCUUCUCUGAUCCUGUUAAGUAGUAUCCCCCUUCCGCAGCUGAUGCAAUUUGCAUUUUUAAAAACUCGGACUUCAAAUACAAAGAUACAACACAAAGAUCCUUUUUUAACUUGGCAAGUUGCCCUGCGUUUACAGGAGGAGCACGUGCUACUUUCAGAUUGCGGAUUUGGAUCAUUACUGACACAUCCCCCCACCACAAUUCCCUGCAAGUAGAAAAUGAGCAUGUUGAGCAUAAGACUUAAGAUGAAACCUUUAUCCUUGAGAUGCUAGCUUUCCAUCAGCAGGGAUUCCUUGGCAUGCGUUUAGAAAGGUAGCUGGCACAAUAAGUGUGCUUCGUGUAAUUGCCCAAGUAUUCUUUUUAAAAUAAAGUUUUAUUGAUCUGCAAUAUAUAACAAUUACCAAAAAGAGAGAGAGAGAGAAGAUGCAAAAACAAAACCCCAACUCGUCCCCCUCGUCCCUCUAGGAACAGAUCAAUCCAUUUAAGUUUGCCAAAGUCCAAUCUGUGGUUUUGGUAGUUGCUGUUGUUCAGGGUUAUCAGUAAAGUAUUUUAUAAAAGGAAGCCGUGUAUUCUUGCAACUUCCGGAUCACAGUAACGAUGAACAAGCCCGUGAGAAGGAGCCUGUAUCCUAAUCACAAGUACGUAGGCCCCACUGACCACAGUGGGACUUACAUCUGAGUAAACAUGCAUAAGGUCAUGCUGUAAAACACCCUCUUUUUGACUUUCCUCCACAGUAAGCUCUUGUGGUAUAUCAUACACCUGCUCUCUUACAUCUUCCUUCUAGUGGUACCUGGGCGGCCUAGUGCCUUAUCCCUUCUGCAUCGUAGUGACCACCACCUGGAAGUGACGUGGGAACCAGGACCGAGUGGGGCCUACGCUCUUGAGUUCUGCACCAUCCAGGUAAGAAGGGAAGCCUUGAAGCCAGCCCAAGUUCCCUUGCCCAACUAUUUUGAGGAAGGAUGCCUCACUCGGCCACUUUCGCCCCUGCCCUUCGAGGGAACGGUUUUAUUUUUAGGAGCCAUUUCCUGGCCAGCUUCUGCUUCUCUCAAAUGUCCAACCGGAUGCCCUCAUGACGUGUGACAAGCUCUCAGGAAUAGGGAACUGAAAGAGCCUCGAAAAGGGAUUGCAGAGGCCAGGAAACAAAACUGAUAGCAAGGGGGCGGGGUGUUCAAAUAUGGGGCCAUCUGUCCGUCCCCUUCUAGGGCCUGAGGUGGCAGAGUGAUCUGUACCAGUCUGGGGUUUGGGUGGGCGCAGGUUUUGAAUGUUUUCCCCACAUAAAACAAAGCAAACUGCUCAAGAGCAGAAGACAGGUGCCUCUGAGACAAAAAUCCUCCUCCACUUUUUUUUUAUUUAAUUACAUGUAUUUAUUCAAGUAAGGGACGCAGGUAGCGCUGUGGGUUAAACCACAGAGCCUAGGACAUGCUGAUCAGAAGGUUGGCAGUUCGAAUCCCCGCGACCGGGUGAGCUCCUGUUGCUCGGUCCCAGCUCCUGCCAACCUAGCAGUUCAAAAGCACUUCAAAGUGCAAGUAGAUAAAUAGGUACCACUCCGGUGGGAAGGUAAACGGCAUUUCCGUGCGCUGCUCUGGUUCGCCAGAAGCGGCUUAGUCAUGCUGGCCACAUGACCCAGAAGCUGUACGCCGGCUCCCUUGGCCAAUAAAGCGAGAUGAGCACCGCAACCCCAGAGUCGGUCACGACUGGACCUAAUGGUCAGGGGUCCCUUUACCUUUACUUUACCUUUAUUCAAUUUGCUCAAGGUGGUGGCUCCUCUUCCUCACAACAGCCCUGUGAGGUAGGUGAGGUUGAGAGGCAGUGAUUGGCCAAAAGACACCCAGCGAGUGUCAUGGCCAUGUGGGCAUUCGAACCCUGGUCUCUCGCAGGUCCUAAUGUAGGGUUGCCAUAUGUUCGGCUCUUUCCAGACAUGUCUGGGAUUCCAAUGACGAAAUUAGUGUCUGGGGGGGGGAUUUUGGGAAAUCGGCAAAUCUUUUAAAUUUCUCCAAUGGAGGAGAGCUUCAACAUGGAGCUUUUAAAAAGUGUGACGUGCCACCUGCACUGCAAAGUGGUACAGUCUGGAAUUCUAUCGCUGAGAUCAAGCCUUUGAGCCGAUCAAACAUGUUAUGCAAUUGGCGAAAAUCCUGGACCGUGCCACUGCAGAGGGGAGGGGGGGUUCUUUUUCUUUUCUUUUCUUUUAAUUCUUCAAUAUUGUUACACGGUCCAAGGAGGCUUCAUAUAGAAUCACAGAAUUGUAUAGUUGGACGGUGUCCCAGAGGCAGGGGUGCCAACUUGAAUAAAACAUUGAGGAGGAGGGAGGUAAGCCCCACCCCACAAAAUCAGUCAUGUUGUGCAGUGCACACACACUUUUUGAAUGGCAAUGCCCAUCAACUUGGGGGGGGGGGUUAGCCCCCUAAAAAAAAUAGGUGGGGGGCCCUAGGAGUCGGCUUCUAUGCCCAGAGGGGCAUCUCAUGCAAGGCAGGAAUCUCAGCUAGAUUAUUGUAGAGCAUAAUAUGUUCCUAACUCCUGCCCCGUCAACCCAUCCCCGGCACAGGCUGCCUUGCCGUCCUCAAAUCCUUACCCCUGCCCCUUUUUCCCAGGCUGUGCGCUCAGACGAGGACCUCAGCACCGUGUCGGACCGGGAACUCUAUAACCAGAACCUCCACGUCCCGCCGUUCAGCCACACCUUGGAUGGCUUGAGCCCCUUCACCACCUAUCACGUGCGGGUGUCCUGUCGCUCCCGAGAGGGCAACUCCCCGUGGACCCACUGGGUUGCUAUGGAAACCCUGGAAGGAGGUGAGCUUGAAAUGGGAGUCGGGGGGGCGAGAAUAGGUGGUCGAUCCUUCUGGGUUCUGCCUUGAUCUCUCGGAGGAGAAAGGAAAUCACAGAGGUGUGCCGCUUGGAGCAAGAAUGAGGAACCAGAUGUUGCUAGACUACAACUCCCAUCAGCCUCUGGGCCGUUGGACAUACUAGCUGGGCCUUAUGGGAGUUGGGGUCUAAGCAACAUCCGAAAGGCCACAGGUUGUCUCUGAACUUAGAGAGGGGCCAGUUUGGAAGCCAGGAAGAUGGAGAGGGGCCUAACGCAUGGCUUAGAGCAGGGUUUUCCCAACCUUGGGUCUUCAAAUGCUUUGGACUACAUCUGCCAUCAUCCCUAGCUGGCAGGACCAGUAGUCAGGGAUGAUGGGAGUUGUAGUCCAGGGGUCAGCAACCUUUUUCAGCUGUGGGCCGGUCCACUGUCCCUCAGACCUUGUGGGGGGCCAGACUAUAUUUUUUUUUGGGGGGGGGGGAAAUGAACAAAUUCCUAUGUCCCACAAAUAACCCAGAGAUGCAUUUUAAAUAAAAGGACACAUUCUAUUCAUGUAAAAACACCAGGCAAACCCCACAAAUAACUCAGAGGUGGAUUUUAAAUAAAAGGACACAUUCUACUCAUGUAAAAACACACUGAUUCCUGGAGCAUCUGCGAGCCAGAUUGAGAAGGCGAUUGGGCCGCAUCCGGCCCCUGGGCCUUAGGUUGCCUACCCCUGUUGUAGUCCAAAAACCCAAGGUUGAGAAAGGCUGGUUUAGAGUCAGAGUUUCCCAGCUGCUUUUGGACUACAACUCCCAUCAUCCCUAUCUAGCAAGGCCAUUGGUCAGGGAUGAUGGGAACUUUAGUCCGAAAACAGCUGGAGACCCAAGGUUGGGAAACAUUGGUUUAGAGAGUAACAGUGGUUCUCAAAGAGUGUGGCCUGCCACUGUGGCUUGGUGGGAGAGGAAAGCAGUUGUAGCUGGAAGAUUCAAGGGCAAUCAAAGAAACAUUUAAACAUUAGGAUGGGAUAGUACCAAAAUGAUUUCUCCACAACUUAUUGUUCUGAACAGGGAUUUUCAACUCGGACAAAUAUGAAAGAUCAGAAAAGAGGGCUGCUUUUUUUGUGUUCAUAAGAGUUUGUCUCGAAUUAGACCUUAUAUAAAUGAGAUUACCCAGCAAAAGCAAGCUCACCUCUCUCACUGAAUUGCGUACUUAAAGUCCAUGCAUAGGAGGUUCAUUUAUCAUUGUAUUUUGGGAGUGAUUCACGUUCUUAUGUAGCUGCAUUGUUUUAUACUUUCCUGACAUCCCACAAUCAUACCAUAUAAUACUUGCAUUUUCUGUUAUAAAUCAAGCUGUGCUAAGAGUGUUUCUUUUUUGUUUUCCAAUGCAUUUCUUAUCAUUAAAAAAAUUCGGUGUGGCUCGACCAAACGGUUAUCUUGAAAGUGUGGCUCAGAGGAAAAUAAGUUUGAGAAUCAGUGGUUUAGAAGCUUAGACAACGGUUGUUACCAGUCAAUUGGCUGAGACUGGGCUAUAGCCACUUGCCUGACGCCUCUUUGUGGCUAAUGAGAAAGGGUCAUGGCCGCAGUGUUUCCAUUGUAACGUACACUUUUCCACGGCAGUGCCCACCGCUGCACCAGAGAACAUCAUGGCCACUCAGAAUGGCACCUGCACCAUCGUGCAGUGGCGAGAGCCGCGUGGCGUCAUCAACGGGAUCAUACGCGGAUACAAGCUGGUCUGUCAAAGCGGCGACUCGCCCGAGGUGAGGACCUCCUUUCUCAGGACUGGAGAGGGCACCCUCCCCAUUGACUUCCCUGUAAUUAUCCUGAGCCAUCACCCGCCAUCUUCCUAAUCCCCCGCCUGGCGUUUUCGCCACUCUCUCCCUCUCCACCAGGUGGUUGUGGACGUGGGGCUGACCAACGAGACCGUCUUGAACCUGAACAAAACCGUACACAAUCUUACCGUCCGUGUCGCAGCCUACACUCAAGCAGGAGACGGUCCCUGGAGCAAAGCCAUCAUGGUUUCAACUGGGGAUGUCGGUAAGGAAUACGAGAUAAUGUGUAUUAUUAUUUUUUGGCGGGGGUGGGGGUGGGUUUCCCUCACAAGCUUUAGUGUUGUGGCAAAUAACAGAAGCACAGGGAAAGGAGAGGGUGGGGGAAGUUACAUAACAGCAUAAUUUGUUUCCUUGGAUGCUGCCCAGGGGGUCUACUCUGACUAACGUAGGAUACGGUCCAAAGAGUUCAGACCCAGAAUGAUGAAACCGGUUAAGUAAUACUUGAAAUAAAUAAAGUUCCGUUUUCAUAGCCAAUUAUUCCUGCAUAUCUUUCUAAGUGUAUCAUAUGAGAUAUGGGGGAAUCGUUUGGCUGCCAAAAAAAUAAGUUUUUUUUUGUUUUGUUUUUAAAGUCCUUUCCUUAACUGUUCCCAACUGUUUCCCAACUCCUUGGUGGUUCUUCCAAAACGAUCAUUUGAUCUCUCUUUUUGUUUUGUUUCGUUCUUCUGGCCCAGCCUUCAGUUUCCUGCUUUCUAAGAAUGGUUCUGUGUUGGGCAAUUCCUGAUCUCAGUCCUGGUUCUGAUCUAGCAGGAUCUCCUGCUUCUAAUUUGUAUCCCACUUCUUGUUACGAUGGCUUCUGGCGCCUUGCGGAGUCACAGAAACUGAAGCUGGUUAUAAAACAGGACCCGUGCUUUCUGCUUUAGGAGUUUUGAUUCUCUUUGAUGUCCCCAGAAAAACAGCCUGAGGCCCUGUUGGCGGAAGUUUGACGCUGACAUUUGGCUUAGAGGGAGACCAUAUUCAAAUAAUUUAUAUAUAUAUAUAUUUCUUUUACAGAUGAACUGCCACAGCCCCAGCCAGGUAAGAACAGUGCAUAACACUCUACCCGCGACCUACAGAAAUGAUUUGGGAUUUUGGGAUGGGCAGCAUCGGGGAAUGAGAGGCGGUGCCGUUUCCUUCUAGAACAUUCCAGAGAGCACUUUGUUCUGGAAAUCUGCUUUCCUUCUUUCUUUCUUUUGGUGUUGGCUAAUUUGAUUAUAUCUUGUUUUGGUUUUGUUUCUCUCUUGCGAUAAUAAGAAUAAAUCAAAACUUGUUUUCUAAAAGUUCCCCGGUGUAGGCAAUACCUCGUGACCAGGCUUGAGGGCGACAUUGCUCUCCUUUUUCAAAAUGGCUCCUCUAGGAGGAGAAGGAGGUGCAAGGGUUUGUGUGUUUUGUGACUAUUGGCAGGGAGGAAGAUGGGGACGUGGGGAAGACUGCAUAUUUGCCUUCCACCCGCAUUCCCAUUUUGAUUAGGAUAUUUUCGAUUUUUGUGACACACACACACACACACCUGCUUUGGCUGCAGGAAACAUCUGAACAAAAGGAUUGGGAAGGACCAAGAAGCUAGUGCAGGGGAUUCCUAAACACACUGAGGAUCUUUUUAGUUCGGUUCCAACUGGGAUUUUUAUUGAAAAUUUGUUUUCAUGGAAAUUUUAUAUUGAACUUUCGCCGGAAAAUUCUCAAGGCCAAGUUUGACUGACAGAAUCACACACUUCUUUCCAGUCCAAGACUGUGAACUGGAUUAAGAGUUUGGGAUGUGGGGCAGUUGUUUUCAAACGUCACAGCCUGAAGUGGUGUAGGAAGUGUUGGUUUCUAACAGGGUGGAUUUUAUUUAAAUCACGAGUCAGUAAGACUUGAUUUAAAUCAUUUUUUUUUUACAGAAAGACUCAUUCUUGCUGGUAUAAUCUUAAUAUUUACAACCAGGUGAAGGUUUCAUUCUUGAAAUAAUAUAUGUUCAGAGUAGUUUUUAUAGUUAUAUCAAAAAUUUCUGAUUUGGUUAUACUAUUAAAAAUACAUUGACAGAUAAUUAUGAAAUUAUUGUGAGGUUUUAUAAGUUAACUGUUUAUAUUUAGACAACUUUUCUGCUGUACUUGAUUGGAAGGCGAAAAAUAAUCAUUUCCUUAAUAACAAUUUAAACAAUUUAUUUAAUAAAACAAUAACAUUAUAGCAUAUGUAUCCAUGUUUGUUAACUGAUGUGGUUAAAUGAUUUGAAAAAACAAACAACCAAAAAAUCUUAGACUGAAUUUUAGCACACAUGAAAAGCUUAAAUCCUGAUGAAUAGCCUUGGGACUAUAAUGUAACAAAUAGAAAACUAUCUUUAGAAAGAUUUUUCCUCCAAAAGCAUUUUAUUUUAAAAAUCCAAUUUAAAUUUUAAAAAAUCCAAUUUAAAUUUUUUAAAAAUCUGGUUUUUAUUUAUUUAUUUAUUUUAAAAAAUCAUUGAUUUUUAUCCACCCUGGUUUCUAAGGAGAACUCGGCUGGCUGCCAAAAAACUAGGAGAUCCCCAUAUCUUCCCCUCAGCAUCGUACUUGGUCCCAGAUUCGGUCAAUGGAUUCUCUCCUCUAUUCUUCCAGUUUAAACAGUAACAGGGGCUGCCUGCUCACCGUACACUUAAAGCACAUUGUCCUCCACUCCAAAGAAUCCUCGGAAAUGUAGUUUGUUUAGGGUGCUUGCAGUAAACUACAAUUCCCAGGAUUCUCUGGGGACAACUUAGCAACUUAGGUGCUUUAAAUGUAUGUCGUGUGCACAGCCGAGGCAGGGAAAGGUGUGUGUGUAUGUUCAGGGAGGCAGGAGAGGAUAUAUUGUUUAUUAAUAUCCCUCCUAACUUGCGCUAGCAAGUUCCUUUACUUAGCAGAGUUUUACAUUCCCCUUUUAAUGCACAGUGGGUAGCUGGUUGCAGGCUUGUGUAAGCCUCUCAAUACCAUACAAUUCAGUAUUGAAUUGUAUGUUCCUGGUGAGUUCCCUUUUUAUCCCUCUUAAAAGAAUAAACACACAACAAUCUUAUUGAGAGUCAGUAAAAGAAGUUUACUCACAGCACCAUCAGUUCACAGUUGGAUCCCUGAAGGCAGACUUAGUUACAAAGUAUGUGGAGCUAUCCCAUAUGGGGAUAAUCCCAGUGUCCUCUGUUGGUUGGAAGCCACCAGAGCAUCUCUAGCUAAAAACUGCUCCAAUGAUGGAAGAAGUCAAAGAGAGAAGAGUGCUGUGUGCCUUGUCCUUUUGUUACCUGGACAGGUAAGGUCACACCCACCUCUAGUCACAUGCAAAGGAAGUAUGUCCCAGCCCAGGAGGAAACAGGAAGUUUUCGACUGGCUGGACCAAACAUUCCCCCGCAUGUCCACUCUAGAAAAACAAGGAAUGUUAUACUUGACUGCUACUUAUGUAUCACAUCCCACAAGGUGAUGCGCUGGAUGGGCAACUGGAAUGGCUCCUCCCAUUGACCCUUACUCCUCUUCCCUUCUCCGUAGUAGAAACCACCGCCCCUGCCUUCUCCUGGCACUGGUGGUACGUGGUAAUUGCCAUAGCCACGGCCGCCGCCGCUGCCGCCUUCAUAAUCAUCUUCUUGGCACGGAUGAGGAGGAAGGAAACCCGCUAUGGGUAAGUGGAGAACGGACACGUGCCAUGGAUGCUUUCAUUGAGAUUCCUGAAUUGCAGUGGGUUGGACUAGAUGACCACUGAGGGACCCAUCUCGCCUUUCUGUGAUUCUGUGACACCGGUUCUGGCAGCUUCUCCUGUUUCACUGUCUGUUUCUCUCCUCCUGCCCAUUCCACAGGGAAGCGUUUGAACCCAGCAUGGAGCAGGGAGAGCUGGUGGUCCACUACCGAGUCCGCAAAUCCUACAGCCGCCGGACCACCGAAGCCACUUGUGAGUGUCACGGAAGGAGUGAGUCCGCCUUUCCCAACUACCCAGCAUGCAUUGUGCCCAAGCCUUGUUGUCCAGGAUCCAACAAGGAAUGCUCCCACCUCCACCACAGUUGUAGGUUAUUCCCCAUAUACAAACACCGCCCAAUGCUCUUUUUCGGCAGACAUCAGCUAUUGUCUCCUUAAUUUGGUGGUUCCGCCUGCCUUCUUCCCAUCUUUUGCCUCAGUCAUGGCUGCUGCUCCUUGCAGUCUCCUUGACGCAGGGCGCUUUGGCCCUGCAACGGUUUGAUAUUCAAACCUGCUUUCGACAAUAUUUGGAGAAGCAGGACAGAGACAUUACUGGCCAUUAUUAUUUCUGGGUUGAGCCCACUAUCGCUCCCAGGGCCUGCCCAAGUCGUUUUGCUGCAUCCUGAUGACACCCAUGCCACUGCUGUGACCGCUACAAAUCCUGCCCCCUACCGUCACCCCUGCGCUGCCACAGUGUCAUGGGCGAAAAUCCAGCAGGGCUGGCGAUGGAGAGGACGAUGAGGCAGUCAGAUUUGCUGCCUGAGGCAAAUGGCUUCACCUCGCCUCAUUGAAGAGCCGCUCUAAAAGUGAGCUCAGGUAGGGAGUGCCAAUGAAUUUGAAUGAAAAACAGGGCCGCUGAGAAAGAAGAGGAAGGUAUCUGCAUACUCGGGAGAAUGCCAAGGUUUACAAAAUAUGAAAGAUUUAACGGGCCCAAAACAGCCCAGUGAAGAUGCUUUGUGUGUUCAGUAACCACAGAAUGGAACGUCUCCCCUGGAAAAGAAAACUUAGACACCUGGCAAGGGGAGGGGAGAGCAAGAAGGGAUGGCCUUUCUGGUUUGGAAAACUCUUGUUUUGCUGGCUCAGAAGUGAGAGGAAUGACCUGAGCUGAAAGAGCUUAAAUAGGGCUCCCAGACAAUCAGAAAAUUAGGCUGGAAGCCACACAGGACCUGGCGAAAUGCUCUCAGCAACAGCAGGAGAUGAAAACGGCUGGUGCAUCUUGGCUGGCCUAUUGGUUGAGGGUUCUUUGAAAGCUUGAAGGGCCAAACAACUAACCACCCCAGCCCUUCUCCAACUACAUUUAGAAAUCAGGCCGCCUUCCCUAUCCUCUCCCUGUUUAAACCCCGCAUCCUGGUCUGUGACGGAGACCUGGAGGUGUGGGCCCCGUGAUGGCCGUGUGCAUAAUGUGCCGUGACCUUCUCUCUCUUUUUUCCUUUUCUUGUGACAGUGAACAGCCUGGGCAUUAGCGAGGAGCUGAAAGAGAAGCUGCGAGACGUCAUGAUAGAUCGCCACAAGGUGGCCUUGGGGAAAACCCUCGGUGAAGGUACAUUAACCUGGUCAACUGGCACUUGUUUCCAAGAUGGAGGCUUCUCCUCAGUGAGGCAUAGUUGGGGAGAGACCUCAGGCCAAGUGGGAUCCUAUUGGAAUGGUUAACAACAAGCCAAGGGCCAUAGGCAGCCAACCAGAGCCAACAAUCACCUGAGUGAUGACUAUGUGGGCCGCCAUUUUGAACACUACUUGCCCUUAGGCCAGGGGUCAGCAAGGUUUACCUUGCCUGAGCCGGUUCACUCCCGCGGAGAUCGCUCUGUGGGCCGGAUCGUGUCUGCGCAGGAGUGAUUUCUGGCAUCUGCAGAUGUGAUUUCCGGUGUUUGCACAUGCGCGGACGCGAUUUCCGGCACCGCGGAAGCGAGUCCCCGCUCCGCGCUGUGCCGGUUCAGCACAGUGUACGGGGACUCAUUAAGUGGGUGGCUGUGCUGGUCCCAUGGGUGAACCGUGAGGCAAGGUCCGAGUCCAGUCCGAGGUCAAGGGUGCAGUAUGGAGGCAGUCCGUCAAAGCUGAAGCUGGGUGCAAGGCAGGGAGUCGGGUGAGGUCAGGAGCUCCGGCAGGAAAGCAGGACAGGGUGCAGGCAGGAACUGGCUACCAACAAUGUUGCUCCCGCAACUUGGGACAGGGGCUGGCCGGCUUUUAUCUGCCCCAAGGCAUGGGGAGUUCCCGAUCCUCUGGUGACUCGCCUCUCCUGGCCUGGAGGCAAGCACUCCUCUUGCGGGAACUUAGUUCCCUCCGCCUCUCUGCCCUGAGCCUCUGCAGCUCAGGAGAGGCUGGAGGGUUACCGGACCCAGAGGCAACCUCCUCUUCCCCUGACGGGGCUGAGGGUGGAGCACCUGCAGGCAAUGGGUCCUCCAUUGCCCCAGGAGCCAGAGCAGACUCAGCUGAUGCCUGCACCUGAGGAUCCAGCACAGCUGAGGACCCUUCAGGCUCAGGCCCCAGCCCUGGCUCAGCUGGUUCUGGAGGCGGGGAAUCCUGUGCAGGCUGGGAUCCCUCAGGUUCAGCCUCCGAGUCCGAAUCCCAGGCCAUCACAGUGGCUCAGUUCGGGGGCGGCUCGUGGGCUGUUUAAAUGACCCCUGUGGGCCGCUUGUGGCCCAUGGGCCGCAGGUUACUGAACCCUGCCUUAGGCCUUUCUUUCCUCAGCAGUUUCCAGGCCAAAGCAGAUGGCCACUUUCUCCUUCACAAGUGCAUACAGAUGUGUCUGGAGACUACAGCAUUAGGGGCUUUCUGAUUUAGAGAAAAAGCCAGGGAGAGGCAACAGGGUUUAUUUUUCUCUGGCUGCGUCCAUUGAACAGCUCUUGAACCUUUUGGACAUUAAUUGGUAGACAGGUACGGAACUUACACAUGGCAUAAAUAACAAAGCUGCAGAUCAAACUUUUUCCAAAACGCAGUACAAUGGUACUUCAGGUUACAUACGCUUCAGGCUACAGACUCCGCUAACCCAGAAAUAGUACCUCGGGUUAAGAACUUUGUUUCAGGAUGAGAACAGAAAUCGUGCUCUGGUGGCGUGGCGGCAGCGGGAGGCCCUAUUAGAUAAAGUGGUGCUUCAGGUUAAGAACAGUUUCAGGUUAAGAACAGACCUCCAGAAUGAAUUAAGUACUUAACCCAAGGUACCACUGUAUGCUUUUACUUACAAGUUUUAGUAAGGCAGCACAUUAAAUAAUUCUUGGGAAAUUAAUUUUAGAAAGCAAGCUAAUUUUACAGUUUGUGUAGUUACAGAUAAAAGCAAAUAGAAAACAGAGGUAAAUGCAAACAGCUAUGCUUAUUCUAAUCUGUCUCCCUAACCAGGCCAAUAAUUAUCAAUUUGCACCCUUCACUUCAGCUUCUAGGUCCCUUUGGAGUCUUUUCCUUUCAGCUGCAAUGCCCACUGUGCUCUCCUAACAUUUCCUGCAUUCAUAAAGUGUUUCAUCUCUCUUUCUUUCUUUCCGUCCUCCAGCUCCAAACUCAACAACUAACUCUUCUACUUCUCCAAUAAACUAUGCUGUUUUCUAGCUUGUGUACAGUAUUUUCAUUUCCCUUUCCAACCUUUAAGCCAAUCAGAAGGAAAAGAGAAUUCCGAUUAAUUUUCUAUUUCCCUUUGAUUGCCAGAUUCCUAGGCUGAACUUUUGACCCUUCUGUGCAAAACAUCGCCUUGUACUUUUGACCCUCAAACAUUUCACUAUUCUGUGCAAGAGAGCUUCUAAAAUGAAAAACAAUUUUAUAUCAACUAGCUGAAUACAAAAUAGCAGGAUGCUUUCAGGGGAGGAGAGGGUCAAAAGUAUCCUGUUCCCAUCCUGUUGGUGUUAGCACUCCAAUUUAGAGGAAAAGGAUGUGUGUUAUGGCCCUAGACUAGGACUUAGGGGCUUAUAAACCACUGAGCUUCUUGAACUUGCUGAUUGGAAGAUCGGCGGUUCAAAUCCAUGCAAUGGGGUGAUCUCCCAUUGCUCUGUCCCAGCUUCUGCCAACCUAGCAGUUUGAAAACACACCAGUGCAAGUAGAUAAAUAGGUACCUCUGUGGCGGGAGGGUAAACAGCACUUCCAUGCGCCCUGGCAUUCAUCACAGUGUCCCAUUGCGUCAGAAGUGGUUUAGUCAUGCUGGCCACAUGACCAGGAAAGCUGUCUGUGGACAAAUGCCAGCUCCCUUGGCCUGAAAGCGAGAUGAACACCACACCCCAUAGUCGCCUUUGACUGGAUUUAACUGUUCAAGGGUACUUUACCUUUACACUUAACUUUCCACUGCUCUUUUCAAGUAUGGUCCAUACUUUAAAACUCAGGUUUUGAGCACCUUCCUUUUUGCUCCAGAUACUUCCCUGUAAAAACCCGCUCUUUAAAGCUCAAUUGGAGCAAACAUCAAUCCACAGAAAACCCAAAUUGACGUUUGCUCCAAUUGAGCUUUAUAGUGCAGCUUUUUGCAGGGAAUAAACAACGCUCAGACGCACAGUGUUAAAGCAUGGACCUCUGCCUGGAAAGAGCUGGGCAUAAAGUAAAUGUGGAUAAUUCCUUAUUGGUGGCACAGGGCUCUGGCAACUGGAGCUUAGAGGAGAUGGAUCCAUGUCCCAGUCUGUCCCAUGUGGAUCUGCAGGCAUCAGAGCCUGCCUCUUCUCCCUUCAGCCCUAAGGAGACACUUCUGCUGCUGUACUAGGGUUUCUGAAACAGUCUCCAGCUGCUGUUGGACUCCAAUCAUCCCUAGCUAGCAGGACCAGUAGUGAUGAUGGAAAUUGUAGUCCCAAAACAGCUAGAGACCCAAGUUGGGAAACCUUGUGCCAGACUCUGGUAGCCAAUCACAGGCUACUCAGGGGAUCAAGAGAGCUUUCAGGGGAGAUCCUUUCAAUUGGAAAUCCCGUUACAGUCAUACCUCGGGUUGAAGUAGCUUUGGGUUGAGCAUUUUCAGGUUACAUUCUGCGGCGACCUGGAAGUAACAGAACACGUUACUUCCAGGUUUCGCCGCAUGUGCAUGCGCUCAAAACAACGUCACGGGCAUGCAUGGAAACGGCGAAUCGCAACCCGCACAGAUGCCAGUUGCGUUCGCUUCAGGAUGUGAACGGGGCUCCGGAAUGGAUCCUGUUCACAUCCAGAGGUACCACUGUACCUUGAAGGAGCCAGCCAAAGGUGCUAGCUGGUCAAGUGGCUGCAUUCAUGGUGUCAGGGACUACUUAACUACGUAAAAAAACCCAGCCGCUUGCCCCAGGACUUUGUGGCUUAAGAGUGCUCUCUGUGGUCCUGAAACCUUUUGAAUUGCUGGCUUUUCCCUUGCCUUACUCCUGACAUGCUGUCUUGUCUGCCUGCCUGGGGAACCAGGAACUACUGAGAUGUCCUUGCUUGGACCACCAGCUCUUUUUUGGGGGGUGCAUCUCCACAGAUCGUGACACUAUGCGCAGUUGCACACAUGUCCACCUGAGGAACAAAUCACUGGUGUGUGGGCUGGGAGGUGGAACUUCAGACGAGGAGGGGAAAGUUGGGAAAGUUUGAGAAAAGCUGGGAAAGGCCCAAGAUUUCAUGGAAAAGGUAAGGCCUGAACAAAAUAAGAAUUGAGAGAUGACACAUCCCACAAACCUAAGAGAGGCAAAAAAGUGGAACCGCCUCAGAAAUGGACUUCCUGUUUCGGAUGUCUCUUCCUUCAGAAGUCUGAGAACCCAGCUCAGGAGACAUGUUCUGUAUAUAUAAGAAUAUGUUAACCUAUAAUCACAACCUUUCAAAAAAAUUGAAAAUAACACAAAUUUUGAAAAAGCCAUUACCAGGCAAAAGAAAAGCCCAUAUCCCAGUGACUUAUCUAGUAAUAAUUUGAAAUUCUAUGCGUUUACUGGGAAUGUUCAAUGAUUCUAUGCCAACCACUGGAAUUUCUCACAGAAUACAAGGACGCUUUGAAUUCGUUGCUUCCUAAACUCGUUUCUUUAGAGCAGGAAAUAAAAGCUCUGGGUCACAAACAGGAAUUGGAAGGCAGGGCGAUGUAGGGGAAGCGAAGCAGAAAUUCAUCUGAGCUCCAGAACCUGUUUCCCAAUUCCAAAUCAUAUGAUAUGAAAACAGUUAACAGGACUAUCGUUAGGAGUUGUUGUUUUUUAUCACUGAAUAACCCUGGAAGAUUCUCAUUCAUCUAGGACAAUGGGAUUCUUCUUGGUCGAAGGGCAAAGGGAAUCAACUGCUGGAUGAGGGACAAGGACAAACUCCCUUGUUUCCUUUCCUGAUUAAACGUCAAGGCCUUGUUUCUAACGUAGCCAGGAUAAUCAGUAACAUAUAACAUCAAGUGCAGGACGAACAGCCCAGAAGCGCUUCGGCCUAGUUUUCUUGCUGCAGAAACGCCGAAGGACGGAGGGCUGUUUUGCUCAUUUGGGUCGGAGGACUGGCAAAGUUUCCGCCUCAGCUCCGCAAAAAAGUUUCCUCUAAGCGCAGCUGGGAUUAGUUUGGAAGCAUAUGGAAAGCAGAGGUGGAAAGGCCCCUGGCUAUGGCACAUAUGUUCCCCCUUGAACAUUUCCACCCUGUGCCUCUCUCUUUUUUGUGGCUGCCCUUUUUCUGGAAGCGGGGAGGGCGGGAACUUGACUUGCACAGCCUCAGAGGAAACAGGCUUAACAGAGCCAGGCCGCUGGUCCAUCUCACUUAGCAUUGUCUGCACAGACCAGUAGCGGCUCAUCGGCGUUUCAAGCAGGAUUGAACCUGGGACCUUCUGCUUAAAAAGCAGAUGCUUAAUAAUAAAUAAUAAUAAUAAUAUAUUUAUUAUUAGUGGCUGGUUUCCCCAGCCACUCUGGGCGGCUUCCAGCAAAAUAUUAAAAUACAAUAAUUCAUCAAAUAUUAAAAGCUUCCUUAAACAGGGCUGCCUUCAGAUGUCUUCUAAAAGUCAGAUAGUUGUUUAUUUCUUUGACAUCUGGUGGGAGGGCAUUCCACAGGGUAGGUGCCAUUACCGAGAAGGCCCUCUGCCUGGUUCCCUGUAACUUCGCUUCUCGCAGUGAGGGAACUGCCAGAAGGCCCUCGGAGCUGGACCUCAGCGUCCAGGCAGAACGAUGGGGGUGGAGACACUCCUUCAGGUAUACUGGUCUGAGACCAUUUAGGGCUUUAAAGGUCCGCACCAACACUUUGAAUUGUGCCGGGAAACGUACUGGGAGCCAAUGUACGGUAGGUCUGUCAAGACUGGUGUUAUAUGGUAUUAGCGGCCGCUCCCAGUCACCAGUCUAGUUGCCGCAUUCUAGUUUCCGGGUCACCUUCAAAGGUAGCCCCACGUAGAUGCUCUACCACUUGGGCUGCAGCCCUUCCCCUCAGCAUCCGCCCAGAGAGUCCGAACAUAAGAGCCCUGUUGGGACAGGACAAAGGCCCAUCUGGUCCCACCACCUCAUCUCACAGUGGCCCAAUGGGAAGCCAAUCGCAUUCUCCCUCGCAUUCUCAGCAGCAGGCAUCCAGAGGGCAUUCUGCCUCCCAACAAGAGUAGCAGAUCACAGCCAUAGUGGUUAGUUGCCAUCAAUAGCCUUGUCCUCUUAUGAGUCUGCCCAAUCCACUUCUGAAGCCAUCAAGUGCGCCAGGAAGCCCCUGAGAUCCCAACUCAGCAACUACCGUAUUUUUUGCUCCAUAACACUCACUUUUCUCCCCCUAGAAAGUAAGGGGAAAUGUCUGUGCGUGUUAUGGAGCGAAUGCCUACGGAUGGCGGGGGGAUUUGCUGCAGUCGUGAGCAGAGGAUCCAUGGUUCCCCUUCCCUCCUCCGUGGCUCGCUUUGGUCGCUUUGAAACAGCAAAGCGGGAGAAGAGCCACUGAGUGGGGAGAAGAGAGGGACAGAGAGCCUGGUUACAAAGCACGGAUCCACAUGGAUCCUCAGGAUUUUUGCACUGGGUCACCCCAAAUUCACCAUCAGAUCACAUAGCAUGUCCAUGGCUACAGCUUGCACCAAAAAAAUCAUGCACCCACUGUUGCCUGGGGCCGCAGUGGUACAAAAACGUGGUUACAAAGCAUGGAUCCACAUGGAUCCUCAGGAUUUUUGCACUGGGCUACCCCAAACUCACCAUCAGAUCACAUGUCUGUGGCCACAGCAUGAACCACAAAAAUCAUACAUCCACUGUUUUGUUUAGAAUAUUUUUUUUCUUGUUUUCCUCCUCUAAAAACUAUGUGCGUGUUAUGGUCGAGUGCGUGUUAUAGAGCGAAAAAUAUGGUACUUUUCUUGGAGAGACUCGGGGCUCCAUCCAGACUUACAUAAACACAGGUUUCCCACUUGUCCAGCGCGUUCUAGGCAUGGGUCCGAGCGGUUUUGCCCUUGCUCUGCAGCUUUCCCCAGAAAAACUCACUCUUUAGCAAUAAAUUGAAGUAAACAACAAUCCGGGGCGGGGGGCGGAAUGGUCUUUCCUCCAAUCGGGUUUCUGCAGAGGAAAGUGGCAGAGCAGGGGCAAGUCUGAAUUGGCCUUCUAGCUAAUUCUUAAAAACAGUUUACUGGCAAAUUCUUACUUUUUCUACCUCCAGAAAAUCCAUUUUUUAUUUUUUAUUCUAGAUUGGCAUGUGGAAAGUCUACCUUCCCUGGGUGUUGGCUGCAGCCUGAUGGCUGCCAGUUGCUAACCCUUACUUUAGACAAGUAGGUUAUCCUAUCUGAGGGUGGGAGCUUGUAACGAUUUUUCACCAUCCCAGGAACCUGUAUUUUCUUCAGCUGUCACUUAUGCGAAGAAAAGAGAGGACUUAACAGGAAGCCGAUUUGCAUAUGCAGAUUUAUAUGUAUAGAUUUAAGUUUCUGCCCUCUCUGUUCAUGGUUCUCUGCCUUUAAACCAGACACGGAUAGGACACCCCUUCAAAAGAGAGCAGGAGUUCCCAAAGCAAAGUUAAAUGUUAUUUGCACAUAAAAUAAGAUCAACCAGGGUGCUAUGGGCAACAUCAAGACAGGAUCCAAAGCACAGAGAUGACAAGAAGCAAAUAUUAUUAGGAACUAAUAACUGAGAAAAGGCAGGGAGGGGAGGACAGGGGAGAGAAAGAGGUUGGCAGCCAGUUUUGGGGGGAAUUAAGUAAAACAGUACAUCCAGUUCUAGCAUUCUGUGUUUCCCUUGGCAGCUGGAAAUAUACGGUAACUUUUCUCUAGCACAAAAAUUUGCAGAGAUCCAUUCUUACAGGAAGACUUCCUGAGGCUCACAGCUUGACUUCUUAUGUCUACAAAGCCCUAAUCUCAAACCCUUCAGAUGGAGGAGUGGGCUGGUGUGGUCUUUCCCCAAUGCAAGUAGGAAAGGCACUCUGCGCAUGCUCAGAAGUGUUCUGCUGUUUGUUCUUGCUUCCCUUUUGCCUAGGCUGAAGCCCGGUGUUGGAAAUGGAUUAUUAACACCCUAGUUCAAAGGCUGUUCUCCUCGCUUCCUUUCCACUCAUUGCAUUCCCUCCUAAUUCUGUUGCUAAAUUUGGAGAACUGGGAGAGAGAGGAGAUCACUGAGCGAAUGUUUGCAGGCUCCGAACCCUUUUAAAAACAACAACCCACAAAUCUCAUGUCUUACGCCUAUCCCUAGAACACCCCAGAUAUUUCAUAAGGCAGCAGCCUGAGUGAGUCAGACAUGGAAAGUCUGAUCUGGUCCCGAAAUGUCAGCCGUCGGCUCUUCCAAGAGUUCACGUGGCUUGCUGAAGCCCUUACAUAGCUCAUGUUCUUCUGCCCCGGGAGAAACAGGGGAAAUGAAUUUCCCACCUGCCUGCGUUUCCUAUCCAGACAGAAGCCUCUGCUCCUGCCAGGGCAAAGCCCACACGACCCUUCUAUAGAGCUGGAUAUUUUAGAUCAAAGACCUCUUUUGUCAUCUUGCAGCCUUAUGUUGGGGGAGGGAUGAAGGGUAGACUCCCCCCCCCGCCCAUCCUCUGGCUUGCACCCUAUACAAAAGAACUUGCUGGAUCAAGAGUGCUCCUUCCUCUUCCUACUAGAAGUCUGGUAAAAGUAAAGUUAAAGGGACCCCUGACCAUUAGGUCCAGUCGUGACUGACUCUGGGGUUGCGGCGCUCAUCUCGCUUUAUUGGCCGAGGGAGCUGGCGUACAGCUUCCGGGUCAUGUGGCCAGCAUGACUAAGCCGCUUCUGGCGAACCAGAGCAGCGCACAGAAACACCGUUUACCUUCCUGCCGGAGUGGUACCUAUUUAUCUACUUGCACUUUGACGUGCUUUCAAACUGCUAGGUUGGCAGGAGCAGGGACCGAGCAACGGGAGCUCACCCCAUCGUGGGGAUUCAAACCGCCGACCUUCUGAUCGGCUCAGUGGUUUAACCCACAGCGUCACCCACGUCCCAGAAGCCUGGUACACUGCACCUGAACAUGCAAGCUUCAUUUUUUUGCUGCUGGACUGCUCUCCUCCACAAACCUUAUCUCGCUUUCUAAUUUAAAGCAGCUGAGGCCAUUUGCCACCACCAGCACAUCUGGCAGCACUGCAUCCCACAUGUCAGUGAUGCGCUGCGCUAAUUAUAACCCGAACCGUGUAAACGCUGCCCGGUUUGAAAGGGGAGGCAUGGUUACCAACGCUGUGUUUUCACUUAUCUAUAAAUAUUUGCGGUUUUGCUCUUAUGGGUAUUGGCUGCCGACUUCCCAACGGCACACAAAUGGUUUUGGCGUUAUCGGAAUGUUCCCACCCACCCCUGGAUUUCCUUGUUCUUGGACACGAGAGCUACUCAGUACCUAACGCUUGCUUCGCAUCGUCUGUGUUUAUAUUUCCUACAUGAAAUCAGGACAGUGCAAAGUUGUACGGCGGUUAAAAUGGAGCCUCCAGGAAAAAAAAAUCCAGGCCAACAAAAAUGGUGGCAUGACUAGAUUAAUCACAGGCAGCCUAAAAAGAAAAGAAGAAUCACUGGGGAGAAUAUAUGAAUAUAUAUAUAUAUAUAUAUAUAUAUAUAUAUAUAUAUAUAUGGUAUUUAACUAAGUUUUGCUCGAAAUUAUGCUGAAAUGAAACAACAUGACCCAGGUCCAUUCAUUUCAAUAGGUCUACUCUGAGUAAAAUUUAAUGGCAUACCCUCCCCCUUCUCUGCCUGGUUACCUAGGAGGAGUUUUCUGUUCGCUGCAGGUGACCAGGUUGUUUCAAGCCUGGGUUAAAAUCACGGGCAUUUUCUCACAUGAACGCCAUUUGGCCUGAUCUACUCCCAAUUUCUACCUGGCAUGAUUUGGCAUUUGCUCUCUCUUGCUCAUAGGCCUUUUCCUCUUCUUCUUCUUUGUCUCUGCAGGGGAAUUUGGCUCCGUAAUGGAGGGGCAACUCAGCCAAGACGGAGCGGUCCUUAAGGUUGCCGUUAAGACCAUGAAAAGUGAGUAGCAGUGGAGGUGGAGGGGGUGGUUUCAUCCUGGUCACGCUGGGGCAGGUUGGGAUUAUACCAGCAAUGAAGAAACAUCACUCUGCACGUGCCCAGAGGCCUUCUCUCCUUUUCUUCUGCAUUGAAAAAACAACAACAUAAAUUGGGCUUGCUCGCCCAUGCUAGAAACCUCUCCAUACUCUCUGCCUUUUGCCUUUAGAAAUGCAAUUUCCUACGUCCCCUUGACCUGAAUACCACCGCCAGACAUGGCUGAGCACCCUUCAUACGCUCAGAGGUGCUCUCAUUCUUCGUCACUGCUUCCAACGUUCUGCAUCGACACCCGGGCGUUGAAAACAGUUUUCACUGCCUGACCCCCUGGCAUGUUCCCAAAGCCCAUCUCAUGCCACCGACCUUACUUUUCCUCCUCACAGUUGCCAUCUGCACCCGCAGCGAGAUGGAGGAUUUCCUCAGCGAAGCCGUUUGCAUGAAGGACUUUGACCACCCUAACGUCAUGAAACUGAUUGGUGAGCUAUCUUAGCCACGGCACAUGAAGAGUUAAUGCUUUCAGCGGCGGGGGGGGGGGAGCUUAUGAGUUACCCCCACUCACCCUCUCCGCUAUCAUUACCCCGAAAUUCCUCCAGGUUGUGUGUGGUACUGCCCCAGAGCAUUCUGGGACAUUAAGCCAUUGAUUCUUCUGCCCGACAUAUGAUGCCUGGGCUAGGUUUUUUGGUGUGCAGCCUGAAGAACCACAUCCGCGUAAGAACAUGAGAAUUGUCCUUCUGGAGCAGGCCAGUGACCCGUCUGAUCCAGCAUCCUGCACUCACAGCAGCCACCCAGAUGCCGCUGGGAAACCCACAAGUGGGACUCAAACGCAAGAGCUCUUUCCCCCUUCCUGUGACUUCCAGCAGCAUAUAUUUGGAAUCAUUGUGGCCUCUGACUGUGAAGGCAAAGCAUAGCUGUCGCAGCUGGUAGCCAUUGCUAGCCAGGGCUUAUACGCUGAGGCCCAGCUCUGAGGGUCUUCUGCCAGUUCCCUCCCUGCAAGAAGUGAGGUUACAGGGAACCAGGCAGAGGGCCUUCUUGGUAGUGGGCGCCCUCCCUGUGAAACGCCCUCCCGUCAGAUGUCAAGGAGAUAAACAAUUAUAUGCCGGUUCCCUCCCUGCAAGAAGUGAGGUUACAGGGAACCAGGCAGAGGGCCUUCUUGGUAGUGGCGCCCUCCCUGUGUAACGCCCUCCCGUCAGAUGUCAAGGAGAUAAACAAUUAUAUGCCGGUUCCCUCCCUGCAAGAAGUGAGGUUACAGGGAACCAGGCAGAGGGCCUUCUUGGUAGUGGCGCCCUCCCUGUGUAACGCCCUCCCGUCAGAUGUCAAGGAGAUAAACAAUUAUAUGACUUUCCGUAGAUAUCUGAAGACAGCCCUGGGUUGGGAAGUUUUUAAUGUCUGGUGUUUCGCUAUGUUUUUCUUUAAUACAGUGGUACCUUGGGUUAAGAACUUAAUUCGUUCUGGAGGUCCAUUCUUAACCUGAAACUGUUCUUAACCUGAAGCACCACUUUAGCUAAUGGGGCCUCACAAUUUCUGUUCUCAUCCUGAAGCAAAGUUCUUAACCUGAGGUACUAUUUCUGGGUUAGCGGAGUCUGUAACCUGAAGCGUCUGUAACCCGAGGUACCACUGUACUUUGUUGGACGCUGCCCAGAGUGGCUGGGGCAAACCAGUCAGAUGGGCAGGAUAUAUUAUUAUUAUUAUUAUUAUUAUUAUUAUUAUUAUUAUUGUCGUCCCGAGAAGUAGCACACUCGGCCAUUCCAUUUAGGGCAGAUUCCGCAGGCUGCAGCCUGGGAAAAACCAGAAGAGAGGAAACGGCCUUUGGAUGGUGGUUGCAGAGGGAGGGAGGCAGGCAGAAUGGACGCAACAUCCCCAGGGAACAGGACUCCAAGUGAGGGGGCGAAGGGAAAAAAAGACUUCUUGGGAAAACAGAUGUUGGCAAGGAUGCUGGGAGCUCUGACAGUCCACAGAAGGGGUGGGUGGAAGCUCAGCUGAUGCUAGUUUGCGACUCGCCCAACAGCCCCUUCUCCCUCUCUGGUUCACAUUAAAGAGGAGCACAGUAAAAAUAACUCUCAGGCACAAGGCGCACCAAGAGAGCGUCCUGUCGGGUAAGAGGACCCCCAAAGAGGAUGUUCUCACGGGCAAAGACUUUUGGGGGUUGGGGGCAGGUGUGGGACAUGGGGAGGGGGCUUCCAGAUGGUGUGCAAGUUUGAGAGGGGAGGCUCCCUCCCCCUCCGUGUCUUCCUUUUUUCACCUCUCUCACUCUUUGGAAUUAUAAAAUCGUAGAGUUGGAAGGUCCAUCUGGUCCAAGCCCCUGAAAUGCAGGAAACAGUAAGAAUUCAGGAAGAGUAAGAGCCGUUCAGCAGUGGAAUGGUCUCCCUCGGGAGGUGGUGGACUGUCCUUCCUUGGAGGUCUUUAAGCAGAGGUUGGAUGGCUAUCUGUCACGGAUGCUUUAGCUGAGAUUCCUGCAUUGCAGGGGCUUGGACUUCGAAGACCUUUGGUGUCCCUUCCAAGUCUAUGGUUAAUAAUAAUAAUUUAUUAUUUAUACCCCGCCCAGCUGGCUGAGUUUCCCCAGCCACUCUGGGUGGCUUCCAAUCGAGUGUUAAAAACAAUGCAGCAUUAAAUAUCAAAAAUUUCCCUAAACAGGGAUGCCUUCAGAUGUCUUUUAAAGAUAGGAUAGCUGCUUAUUUCCUUCACAUCUGAAGGGAGGGCGUUCCACAGGGCAGGAGCCACUACCGAGAAGGCCCUCUGCCUGGUUCCCUGUAACCUCACUUCUCGCAAUGAGGGAACCGCCAGAAGGCCCUCGGCGCUGGAUCUCAGUGUCCGGGCUGAACAAUGAGGGUGGAGACGCUCCUUCAGGUAUACAGGACCGUGAGAAUCACAGGUUCUGUAGUUCUCUCAAGUUGUACACAUGUGGCACGGCCUGGCCUGCACAACUUGCCACAAGCUGAGAGAGAAAGAGUGAAGAAUGUAAGAACAUCAGGAGAUGUGGGCCAACAGCCCACCUGGUCCAGCAUCCACUCCUCACAACGGCCAACCGUGAGAAACCCACAAGCAAGACACGGGCGCAUGAGCACCCUCUCCUCCUGUGGUCCUUGUUGGCCAUUGAUCCUCGUGUCUUCUCUGUUGCCCACUGAGAAACUCACACUCUUUCUCUUCCCUCAGGAGUUUGCCUGCAGAACACAGAGAGCGAAGGAUACCCCUCCCCGGUUGUCAUCCUGCCCUUUAUGAAACACGGAGACCUGCACAGCUUCCUGUUGUACUCCCGGCUUGGCGAGAGCCCAGUGGUACGUAGUGCUGCCCCAUGAGAAAUCCGUUGCGGGGAAUCCAUACCGCACAGGUGUCCCGGAAAAAUUGAGACAUCCUGGUUUUUUUCUCAUGAGAGAACGGCGGCCACUUUGGACGCCGUGAUGAUCUUGUACGAUUUUGGACCUCAAUUCCCCCCCCCCUCAGAAAAAUGCUUUUUCAGGGCCACAGUGUCACGUGGCACCCCAAAACAUGAGUUAUUGCGUGCCGUUCCCGAAAAAAGCACUGGAGGGGAAGAAGAAGAAGAGUUUGGAUUUGAUAUCCCGCCUUUCACUCCCUUUAAGGAGUCUCAAAGCGGCUAACAUUCUCCUUUCCCUUCCUCCCCCACAACAAACACUCUGUGAGGUGAGUGGGGCUGAGAGACUUCAGAGAAGUGUGACUGGCCCAAAGUCACCCAGCAGCUGCAUGUGGAGGAGCGGAGACGUGAACCCGGUUCACCAGAUUACGAGACUACCACUCUUAACCACUACACCACACGGGCUCUCUGGAUUGCGGUGCAAAAUCGCACAAGAUCAUGGCAUCCUAGAUGUCUGCCGUUCUCUCGCAAGAAAAAAAGGGAAGAUAGCAUCCUGGAAGAUUGUGUCCCAGAUUUUGCCAUUGAGUUGUUGGAGAGUAUGGGAAUCAAAUGUCAGGCCUCUUGGCCUGAAAUCGGGAGGGCUGGUUUCCUUUUAUUUGAACUAGGGUUUUUAACUGGGGAAUUUUAAUCCUUGCCUGUGUUUUAUUUUUCAGUAUGCAUAUGAAGUGCUUUUUAUACAUUUUAUUGCUAGGCUUGUUUUGGUUUUCUGUUUCAAUACGAGCCUCUCCAAGAGCUUUGCUAUGGAGCAAUAUGGCGGUUUAAUGAACGAACAAACGAACUGUAACACAGAGAAUGACCACUAGAGGGGGACAAAGGGAAGGUGAAGGGAGCCCGCUGGAUCCUGGGUCCUCCACACAGGAGUCCAGUGGGCCUCUCCUCUUACAGGGGAAAGAGAGUUAAACAUUGAGGUGCCUGCAGCCCACCCACUGCUUGUGUCUGAUCGUUGUGCUUUCCUCAUCUUCCAGUACCUGCCCACACAGACGCUGGUCAAAUUCAUGACGGACAUUGCUAGCGGGAUGGAGUAUCUCAGUAGCAAGAACUUCAUACACCGUGAUCUCGCCGCCCGCAAUUGCAUGUGAGUUUGUGUGACGCGAGAGAUGAUGGAAGAGGGGAUUUCAAGGAUGCACAGAUUAGUGGCUUUUGACAAUCUCUUUUUUUUAUAAUAUAUAUUUUUAUUGAUUUUUAACAUAUAAAUUAUAAAAUGUACCACAAAACUUAUCACUUAUACAAUCUUUUUAGACUUCCAUCAGCACCUCUGAUGAUCCACCGUUUUAACCACUUCUUAUGCAUUUCUUAACUUUAUAUUGCCUUUACAUCUCUUAACAAAUCAUCCUUCCCCUUCUCCAUUUUUGCAAUACUUCCAAUAAUACUCCCUACAAAACUUCUUGCAAACCUACAAACAUUGUCUGAUCUUCACAAAUACCUUUCAAAUAGUCCGUAAAUUUACUCCAGUCUUCCGUGAAUUUCUGGUCCCGCCGGUUUUGAAUCCUUCCUGUUAGUUUAUCUAGUUCUGCAUAGUCCAUUAACUUCAUUCUCCAUUCUUCAAUCAGUAAUUCUUCUUGCUUCCAUUUUUGGGCCAGUAAUAUUCUUGCUGCUGUUAUUGCAUAUAAGAAGAGCUUGCAUUCCUUUCUAUUUAUAUCACUCCCCACAAUCCCCAGUAAAAAUGCUUCUGGUUUCUUUAUGAGUGUAUAUUUCAACAUUUUUUUCAUCGCAUUAUAUAUCAUCUCCCAGAAGCAUUUCACCUUUUUACAUUCCCACCACAUGUGAUAAAAUGUUCCCUCUUUUUCUUUACAUUUCCAACAUUUAUUACUGACGUUAUACAUUUUCGCUAACUUGACAGGUGUUAUAUACCAUCUAUACAUCAUUUUCAUCACAUCUUCUUUUAGGGCAUUGCAUGCAGUAAAUUUUAAACCUUCUUUCCAUAAUUUUACCCAAUCACUCAGCUGUAUAUUAUAUCCAAAAUUUUAGAAUCAUUACUUAAUAUCUCUAAUUCAAACUUUGAUCCACGGCUUUUGACAAUCUCACAUCCGUCUCUCCCAUGAGCAACCCACACAUUCACACGUGGCUUCUGUACCCAACAGGCUGAACGAGAGCAUGACGGCUUGUGUCGCCGACUUUGGCCUCUCUAAGAAAAUCUACAACGGCGAUUAUUACCGGCAAGGCCGUAUCUCCAAAAUGCCUGUCAAGUGGAUUGCCAUUGAGAGUCUGGCCGACCGCGUUUACACCAUCAAGAGCGACGUGGUGAGCAGCCAAUUGGGGAAGCCUUUGAUCCCACCCUCCUCCUGAACAGGCCAAUGAGAAGACCAGCUUCUGUGUCCUCCUAAAUUGGCUUCUGUUCCUGUCUACCAAUGGACAGAGCUGGCCUGCCCGUGAAGCAGACUGAGUCCCCCUCAUGCUCACCCCUACUGCCAGAGAAGUGAGGUGAAGCAGCAGCAGCGGUCUCUGGUGAGAUCUCACAAAAUCUCGCCAGCUGCCACCGCUGCACGACCCUAGCUAGCGAGGCGGGAGGGCGGCCAUUUUGCCUCAGGCGGUGAAACAGGACAGGCUGCCCCAGCCAAUGGGAGAAGUUGAAUUCUUUGCUUGGCCAGCAGCAUCUAAUUCCCUCUUUCUGACUCCUUUCCUGCAGUGGUCGUUCGGCGUUACUAUGUGGGAAAUCGCGACGCGAGGCCAGACGCCGUACCCAGGUGUGGAAAACAGUGAGAUCUACGACUACCUGCGUCAGGGCAAUCGACUCAAGCAGCCAAUCGACUGCCUGGAUGGCCUGUAAGCAUCACCACUGCUUCUUCAAAUUGGCAUCUCCUUCCUUUGUCUUCCCAUGAUGCUGUGCAGCAUGGCCAAUUAGGUUUUCUGCCUUAUGAUCAGUAAGCCUGGACUGUAGAGGGGGCUGUAUCGUUGCAAAAAAUAAUUUCAUGACAUCCCACCACUGACUCUCUCUGCCUUAGGAAUGUGACUAUGCUCACUCAGCGGGCAAGCAAAUUCAGUUUUUUCACCCUACAACCCUAGCAACUGAAAACGGGUUCCAGGGUUGACCCGCUGCCCCCGGCUCAAAUUAAGGCCUCCGUUACAAAACUUCAAGGUCCCUGAGCACCUCUGAUAUUAAACUUGAACUCAUCCAAAAUCCUGAGCCGCUAUGACAUAGCGGUUAGAGAAGAGUUUUACCAAACUUGGGUCUCCAGCUGUUUUUGGACUACAACCCCCAUCAUUCCUAGGUAGCAGGACCAGUGGUCAGGGAUGAUGGGAGUUGUUGUAGUAGUAGUAAGUAGUAGUAGUAAUAAUAAUAAUAAUAAUAAUAAUAAUAAUAAUAUAUUAUUAUUUGUACCCUGCCCAUCUGGCUGGGUUUCCCCAGCCACUCUGGGCGGCUUCCAACAAAAUACUAAAAAUACAAUUAAACAUCAGACAUUAAAAACGUCCCUAAACAGGGCUGCCUUCAGACGUCUUUUAAAAGUCAGAUAGUUGUUUAUUUCCUUGACAUCUGAUGGCAGGGCGUUCCACGAUGCCAUCACCAAGAAGGCCUUCUGCCUGGUUCCCUGUAACUUCGCUUCUCACAGUGAGUUAGAAACAGCUGGAGAAACCUAAGUUUGGGCUGCAGUGUUGGUCUAGGAUUUCAGAGACCAGGGUUUGAAUCCCUGCUGAGUCAUUUAUCAUUAUCAUCAUCAUCAUCAUCAUCAUUAAAUUUGUAUACUGCCAUUCACCCAUAGAUCUCAGGAUGGUUCACAACAGGAAAAUACAAUAUAAAAAACCACCAAAUGCAUAAUAAAAACAAAAACAAACCAGUAAUCCUCCUUCCCAUGUCAUGGUUCAGAAUGGGUGAUCUUGCUUCAGUCACUGUGUUUCAACCUCACGUAGCUCACAGGGAUGCGGGUGGUGCUGUGGGUUAAACCACAGAGCCUAGGACUUGCCGAUCAGAAGGUCGGCGGUUCGAAUCCCCGCGACGGGGUGAGCUCCCGUUGCUCGGUCCCUGCUCCUGCCAACCUAGCAGUUCGAAAGCACCUCAAAGUGCAAGUAGAUAAAUAGGUACCGCUCCGGCGGGAAGGUAAACGGCAUUUCCGUGUGCUGCUCUGGUUUCGCCAGAAGCGGCUUGGUCAUGCUGGCCACAUGACCCGGAAGCUGUACGCCAGCUCCCUCGGCCAAUAAAGCAAGAUGAGCGCCUCAACCCCAGAGUCGGCCACAACUGGACCUAAUGGUCAGGGGUCCAUUUACAUUUACCUUUACCUUUACCUUUACCUCACAAGGAUAAAUUAAGGAGGGGAAGUAAAAAAGGUGGGAUAUAAACAAGAGAGAGAACGAGUCCUCCUUCCCCUUCUGAAGCAUGGUAAAAUCCCCAGCAGAUUAAGUAACCACUUAUAAGUAACUUCCAAGGAUGCUGCGUCCCAAGUUCCCUUGAAAUAACAUCUCUUUUGGACCCGCGCAGGUACGAGCUGAUGAUGAGCUGCUGGGCCAUCAACCCUCGUGACCGCCCCAGCUUUGAGAUCCUGCACCAAGAGCUGGAGAAGAUCCUCAAGUCCCUCCCUCCGGCUAAGGACCCGGAAGAGAUCCUCUACGUCAACAUGGACGACGGCGUGGCCCCCGGAGAGGCGGAGCUGGGUGCCGUCGGGGGUCUGGGCCCUGAGGAAGCACCAGCCAAGGAGAACCAGUCGCUCAAGCCCACGGUGACGGCGGCUGAAGUCCACCAGCCCCAGGGCAUGGGCCGCUACGUCAUGUGCCCCACCCCUCACGAGAGCAGCCGGCUACUGACGGACGCCCCCAGCUGCGCCGCCACCGAGGAAGGGGCCUGAACGGGACGAGGCGACUUAUUCGUUGUGGCCGGGGGGGAGGGGGGAGGUUGCAAGCGGCCCAACUGGUGCAGUCCCUGCAAGCUUUGGAAGACGACGACCCCCCCAUCUCUGAGGAGAGGGGAUUCAUGGAGGACUCCACUAGCUGAGGCGCACCCGCCUCCUCUCCCAAAAUGAGCCACUGCCUUGCUUUUGCCACAAGGGUCUUCCUUCCCCAUCAACCCCCUUCAGGGGGAGUUUGGACUGACCCAUCUCUGAGUAUGUCUCACGGCUGUACAUGCAUUGACAGUCAUGCUCCACACCACCAGCCUGAGGCCAGAUAUGUACUCUAGACUAUGAUGUUGGCAGAAGGGGGGAGUCCAUCUCAGGUUACAGGGGCCAGGGGAGGUGGGUGGAGGGGGACACUGUGGGGAACCCGACAGCUGCGCCCUUUCCUGCUCCUCACGUUGAAGGUACCAUAGCAAUUUGACCUCCCGUCCCCCGUCCGCAACUCCGUGGUCCAAAUUUAGCUCGCUAACACUGAGGUCUCGUCCACGCUCCUGCUUGCCCCAGGCCUAGAAGGCAUGAAUCGGAGCGGUUUUAACUUGCUUUCCCCCGGAAAACCUGCUCUUCGGUGCCAAAUCGGAGUGAAUGUCAGUCCGGAGGAAACCUGGUCGACAUUCGCUCCGAUUCGGCGGGGCAAGUGGGGAUGAGCCCUCGCCAAUGGUACUAAGGUUAUUCUGUGUUUGUGUGGCCCAGCUCCUGCCUUUUUCGUGUUGGGCCUGGCGCACAGCUGCUGAGCCGGCAGAGCAUAGAUUUGCUAUGAAGGAGGGUAAAGUCCGGCUGCUCAGUUUGUGUGCUGUUAAAGGGGAGCAGGGCACAUUAACCAAAACGGGGGGUGGGAAGUACUAGUCCUAAUUGCAGCCAUCUGAAAGCGGUACGUACUUAGUCCUCCCCCCCUCCUUAUUUUACUACCAGCUGUUUCACUGCCAUGUCUCCCAGGUUGCAUUUAGGCCGGUGGAGAUGAAUUAAACAGAGGUUCUGGAGGGCUCCCUUCUGAAGGAGCUGCAACAAGGGAAAUGUACUCAGUUUGUGCACAGAUGCACACUUUUUUAAAAAAAAGUCGCUAUUGCUUCUCGGGAGCCAGCCCUAGUUUUUAAAUCUGACCCUGGAGGUUAAUUUUGGUGCAGGUUUCAGCCCGACAGACCAACCCACCCUGUCCACACAGCACCAAAUUCUCCUCAACAGGUUAUCGGGGGACAUCUGAUCAGCCAUAGCUGAGUUGCCCUGGAGGUAAAGAUGCCACAGGGCACUGAAGCCAUACCCAGGUGGGCAUCUCAGAGGGGGCGGGGUCUGAAGGUAUAUUUUUAUAGCACAUUUGAGAUGGGAGAAGGGAACAAAUUGGCCUUCAAGUCUUCACACCCAGCUAGGCCAGAGCUUCCCUGACAGUAGUGAGUUGGAGCCAGUGUGGUGUAGUGGUUAAGAGCGGUAGACGCGUAAUCUGGGGAACCGGGUCCGUGUCCCCGCUCCUCCACAUGCAGCUGCUGGGUGACCUUGGGCUAGUCACACUUCUCUGAAGUCUCUCAGCCUCACUCACCUCACAGAGUGUUUGUUGUGGGGGAGGAAGGGAAAGGAGAAUAUUAGCCGCUUUGAGACUCCUUCGGGUAGUGAUAAAGCGGGAUAUCAAAUCCAAACUCUUCUUUAUCUAACUUUGCUGGAAAUGUGAAGGUUGCCAUCUUCUCCCCAUCCCUCAAUGACUCUUUGCAUUUCACCAAUGCAGGCAGAAACUCAACAAGUAUACUUUCCCCCCAUUCCCACAUCUCUCUGCUGGGGAAAGCCCUACCUGCUGGGUGCCUGCCCAUCGUGCAGAUGUUACAAACCCUAUCUGAUCACAAACAACCCAUCUGCCACUUGGAGCAAACAUCUGGACAAGAAUUUCCCGAGUUAUUCAGACGUCUAAAGCAGCAGCAGCAGCAGGCUAUGAUCACCAAUGGCGUCUGGAUAUGAAAUAGACAAUAUUAGUGGGUGCAAUCAGAGUAGGAUUCCUUGUCUCCAACCUUCUUUCAUUUCACUGGGGCUUGUAUGAGAAUCCUGUGGGAAAAUACCCAGGGAAAUAAGUGGAGGUUGUCCAAACCGAAUUAGCUACUCAUAUGCUCCUUUUUGCUAGUGACAAACCCUCUCUUUGCGCCAGUUCACAUGCCCACAAUUGCCAGUAAUCGCUUUCCCCCUGAAACAUCACAGCUCCACUGAAGUAGAAGACAACUCCAUAUUUCAGAGGGCAAGUCCCAGCUCUCCAUCAGUUCCAUGACACUCCAUAAAUCAGACCUGCCAGCUGCAUAGUGCCUUGAUUAAUGAUAUUUUCAUCUGGGAACACAGUCUCUGAAGCUCCCACCAGUCACAUGCAAUUUAGAGGGGAUUCACGAAUUCUGUUUUGGACAUAAUGGUAGCUUUCUCCAUCUAACAUGGAUGGGGUGCAACUGCUCACAACGGUAAUCACACCAUAAUGGUUCAUUUUUUUCUGGCUACCUCCCAGCAAUGAAAGCCAGACUAGGGAGGUGGUAAGCUGAAUGCAUGUUUUGGCAAUUUCUUAUUGCAUGUUCACGGUCACUUGGGCUGGGAACAUUUUCCAGCUUUUCCUGAGAGCUGAAGAUGGGUGACAAAAAGAAGAAGACAAAUGUUCAUGCUAUACACGCUCAUCCGACUUGCACUUUUGCUUAAACAGGUUUUGCAGGCUUUCGUGUUUCAAAACCUGCCGUACCUGUUCGGUCAGAAGAACCAGUGCCACAAAAGAACUGUACUUUGAACCACUUUCAGCUCUCUUGAAACCUGUUGUCUGGCUCCAGCCUUAAACUGAAGGCCUUUCCGCACAGUGAUUUUUAUUUUAUUUUAUUUGCACAAUAAAUGCACAUUUCGUUACUGAUUUUGUUCUGCACAGUCCAUGCGUCGUUCCCUGCAGUUUGCAACAGCAGCAGCGCUUUGCAGAAAGGCCAGCUUUUACCCCACAAGCCCCUUCGUGCUUGGAGCAAAUCAAAACAUGCAGACGCCAAACAGUGAAGCUGCCCUAGUUCGCAUGUUCACCAUGUAUUCACACUUAACAAUAUUCUCCCCAGGAUUUAGGUGCAAUUUUGUGUAAAAUGCACUGAUUUGAUAGGCUUGUGUUAUCACAAAAACAUCUCCUUGGGGGAGCAGUUUUUUAGUCUUCAAUUCUUGCGAUUUCUUGUUCUCUCUUUUUUUUUUUUGAAGCUACCAAACCUAUGCUAAACUGAAUAAGCUUGCAAGCAGCUCUUAAUCCCUGCCUCUAUCUGUGGCCUCAAUGCAUAAGGAGGACUAACCAGGAAGUGGAGUCUAUACUGGAAUUGCGCCAUCUUGUCCGUAGGCCUCAUAGCGGUGGGGCCUGUAUCUUACACCAGCCUUCCAUGAAGGGGGCUAGCUUAGGGCACAAACAGCCCUCCAGAUGUUGUGGACUGCAACUCCCAUCACCCCUCACCACUGGCCAUGUAGUCUGCGACUGAUGGGAGUUGGAGUCCAGCAAGUUCUGGAGGCCGCCAUUUUGGCUGCCCCUGGGGUUACGUCAGGGUAAAGCGGGUGGGAGAGGGGAGCUGAGCCUUUCCCUCUCCUGCCACUGCCCUUGAGACGGACCACCCUCACCCAGCCAUGUCGUCCAGGGUGGCUGAUUUCACUUCCGGCCUUCGAUCCGGGGGGGGGGGGGGAGGUUUGGGGUGGGGUAGGGAGGAACAACUGGCAGAGGAAGGGUCCCACACUCCUCUCAGACCCUCCAAGUGUCCCUGUUUUCCAGGGACAUCCCAGAUGUACAGAAGCCGUCCCGGUUUCUGAUCUGAUCCCGGAAUGUCCUGCUUUUCCUUAAAGUAAAGGUAAAGGGACCCCUGACCAUUAGGUCGAGUCGUGACCGACUCUGGGGUUGCGGUGCUCAUCUCGCUUUUCCUUAGGACGUCCCUAUUUUCAUAGGACAAAUGUUGGAGGCUUUGCCCUCUCCUGUCUCCUGCUCUUUUAAAGCUGCAUGGCAGACUCCCGUUCUAACGGGGUCCCCUGCCUUUCCAUCUGGCGGACACACAGCCACCCUAUAGAAACAUUUCUCCUCUUUUUGAAGAAACCGCUCAUCACCUUCUGACUCAAUUCGGUGGCACCUUUCAGGCGUGGUGAAACCAUGUUUUCCGUUCUGCUUGCUGAAACACAUUGAUAGCCAUCUGUCUCCUCUUUGGACUGGGACAGAAAAGGCUGGGCUUUCUGC